UCUCUCUCUCUCGGGUUGUCAUCCCCUGAUGGAGGUGAACACCCGAUCUACCUCGGCUCUAAUCUGUUUGAGUGUUAUGGAGGAUAACGGGACGGGGAGAUGGAUCUGACAGGUCUGUGCGGGUCUACACUCGGACCACUGUGGACUUGGUUCUCGUCCAAUCAGAAGGCAAACUGAACUAAUGAGCUCAAAGAGGGGGAGAGAAGGCGAGAAAACGCCGGGGAAAUGCGAGCGGCGAGCAUGGAGGAAAGUUAGCAGAGUUGGACGUUACUUUUCCUGCCUUUGUGGAUAACCGACCUCAGGGAGUAUUUUUGGAUCAAAUGGUUGAGGAAGGGUAAAAAAGAAGUAGAGUAGGAAGAAGAACCGAGCUGGGAUUGGAACUUUAACGAGUUUUAUCCGUCUAAUGAAGCACUGGAGAAGUUUGGCGUUUCUUUGUGAAAGACCAGGCUACUGUUUUUCUACUUCCAUGUUUCUGAUUUGAAACUGGAUUUGUACGCAAAAAGGAAAAUUUGUAAAGUUUCGCCAAAGUUAUUGUUAUUGAACGUGACUGAUGCUGCAGCUUUGACUUGAGGAGGUUGAGGUCGGUGCAGAGAGCGUGCUGAGUCGAGUGUCUUGAGUUACACUGAGAAACAGAAGCUGGCGCCCGUCCGCUCUGGUUACCAGUCGGAUGAAUAAUAACGCGGAUGUGACAGGAGCAGCAGCAGCGGCGGAGAGGACGGGACAAGGUCCAGCAGCUUUUAUCAGUUCUGUGGAAAUGUGUUAUUGACUGUGACUGUGGGGGCGGGAUCCAGGACAGAGGUGAAACAGGUGAGAGGAGUUCUGAUGAGCUGCGUUUACUCUCAAACCUCACAGACUUGAAGAUGUAACCGACACACCUGUGAGCGCCCACCUGAGCAGGACUGACUCGUUUCCAACCUUUCUGAACCGGUUACAAUGAAGCUUAUCACUCGACGAGAUCAGCCGUCCGCCUGAGCUGAACUGGAGGAUCCGUGCAGCGGGGUCAUGUAUGUCCUGUGCACCCUGGCGGUCUUGACGCUCAGCAGCCUCAUAAAGAGCUGGACCAGCAAGGCGGUGGAGUCCCGCAGGAACUCGGAGGCUGGUGGUCUUGAAGGCGGUGGGUGGGGAGAGAAGGGUGGUGGAGGAGACCUGGGGGAGAGCAUGGAGAGUGGAGGAGUGAGGGGCUGUGGUGCUGAAGGGAAAAGGAGGCGAGGAAGUGGUGUACGAAAUGUCCCGGACAGCAGGAAACGAGUUCAGGUCAGUGUCCUGUAAACAGAAAAGCAGAAAAUAAAGUAGAAGCUGUUUGCAGUGUGAAGAAAUUUGAUCAAUCGGGGAGGAGCUGCAAGAACUUUUGAUCUAAUAUUGAACUUUUCAGUACGGCGUACUCUUAUAUCCAUCAUAUGUCCCUUGAAAGUGUCUCUGUUUGUGUGUCCAUGUACUGUGAAAAGGAAAAUCCCCUAAUUCAUCCAGUAACGUUAGUUGGCGUGACUGUGGUGAAAAUACAAAUUGACUGAAUAUGGCCUGAUUUGGAGCGUCAACGAUGGAGAAGAGACGUAAAAACUGAGACGAAACUUUCCUCUUGUAUAAACAAACAGUAGAGAUGUUGUUCCGUUAGCCUCGUGUGAAUGUGGUUUUGUCUUUUUUAUUUUUUUUUAAUUGUUUUGGUACAUGAUACUGCUGAAAUGGGGCGGGUCCACGCACAUAUCAGAGUCAGUUAUACUUCUGUCUAUAACUUGAUUAUUGCCCAGAGCUCAUAAACUGGGACAAGGACAGCGGUCACGUUCAAAUGCCUUUAAGCUCUGAUUGAAGCUGGUACGAUUGAAGCAUACAGAUGAGUAAUUCUUUCAACAAAAUUGGUUGAAGUUAAUUUGACCCGAACACUAAACCAGGGGAUAGAGCAGACGGGAUUAUUACAGUAUUCGCCAAUCGCAACUAUUUUUCAUAUUCGCGAUUACAUCAAUUAGUUAUUUUAUCCACAAAGUUGCAUAAAUUAACCCUGAAUCCGAAUCUGAUGUCAUCAUGUUGUGCCAGCCGCCGCAGCACGCAUCGUCGCUGUCGCAGCCACUGCUUGUUUAGCGCUCGUUUUGGUCAGAUGGGCAGAGACUAGAGGUUAGGAUGGAGGAUGAGGAGGUUCUGGUUACAAAGUCAAGUACCAUGGCAUCGCUGUGGGUGCAUUUUGAGACGGUAACGUGAAGGAAGCGGUUUGUAAACACAACAAAUCUGAAACAGCAUCUCCAGACCGACCAUCAACAGCGAUACACCUAACUCAGAGAGAUCACACGAGCACAAUCAGCAGCUGCCGCAUCCCGUCAACUGGCUCUUGGCAAAUCUAUUACUCAAUAUAAUAUACAAUGUAUUUGUCAAUCGCAAUUAUUUGUCUGACAAAUAAUCGUGACAGACUGACUAGGGGGCGAUAUCUGAUCCAUUAUCUGUAUUGGCCGACAAACUUAAUCGGCUGAAAAGCGACUUUGUUCCACUGCGUUUGUGUCCUCCUUUUGGAUCUGAUUUAUCGCCGGACUUUGUUUACUCUCAUGCCCCGCCCACAAUAACCUGAUUGGCUAGAUGCCACUUGGCUGUACUGUAGGAGUAACUGGGUGAAUGUUUUGAUCAAACAUCAAAAUAAUAUCAGCAUCAGUCCUGAUGAGCAGAUAUGGGUCCACUACGUCACCUUCGGUUCUGACAAAGUCCUCUUUCUCAGACUAUAAAACUCACCUGAACCGUCUCCUCUUUGACGCCGUUCAGGAUCUUUACGUCACCUGAUUAAUCAGAGCUUUCUGGCCUCCAAGUGUGACCUUGUCUUAACCGGAUAAAUCAUCCAAACUCAUGAUGAGAAACAUGAAUGGCUGAAAUCCUGUUACAUGGUCGAUGCCGAGUCGGCGUCAGUCAGAUCAGGAGUUAUAUAAGAGCAGAUUUAUCAUCGUCUGAUCAUGUCAGUCUGACGGUUCAGAGUUUUUGUUCAGAGGUUGUUUUCUUCAGAGAUGACACAGUUUCAUCUGUGCCGGUCAAUUUUCUAUCUUUUUUAUGGUGUCUAUUAAACCUUGAACACCACUGGAUAAAAAUAUGGUGCGGUUUUACUGCCUGUUUGCUUCCUUGUUGCUUUAUUAUCGCUCUCUUGUAAACUUUAUUUUGCUGUUUUUUAGCUGAGGCCAGGAGAAGUGGGGAUGUUGUAUCAGCACUUUUAAAUGUUCAUUUAGUGGAUUCUGCUGCAGACUGUCGAUAAGGAGUGGACAUAAACUCUGCGGCACUGCUCAGAGGUUUGGGAUUGACAAUUUUUAAGCCUGAGUGAAAAAUUCAAGUGUCACCAUCUUGAUCUUUUGGAGCUGAAAAAGACUGUGAGCCUUUCUUUGGCGUUCUUGUCUGUCAUUGCAUUUUUGUGUCACACCUGUGAUCAUGUGACACUAGCGCAGAGGUUUUGCUAUUCUAUUGUUAUUAUUAUAACCCGCCUUUCAAGAUGAAAUGACUGUUCUUGGUUUUGGAUUUUGUAAAAUCAAUUUCCCCCAAAAAUGCGACUUAUACCCGUUUAUGUUUUUUCUUAUUCAUUUUGCAUUUUUUUGGCUGGUGCGACUUAUAGUCUGUAAAAUAUGGUAUUUGGAUAAAACAUAAUUUUUUUAGUUUCAGUGCAAUUAUUAAUGUACAAGAGAAAAUAAGACAUUAAACUUAUUAAUAACCAAUCAUUUGUUUUCCUUUUUUAAAAACAAGGAACGUGGAACAAAGUGUGUGAGUUAGUGGAUUUUAUUGUUCUUUGAACAGCUGAGCAUAAUUUCAUCCGGCCAGUUUAAAUAGAACUACUUGUGAUGCGUCAUAUUUGGCUUUGACUGUGACUAAACAUUUGCUCUCACUUUGCGAAAACAAUAUCAGGAUAUAUCGUACAUCAAUAUUCAGCCUAAAUAUAUUGGGAUAUGACUUUGGUCCAUACCGCCCAGCCCUAAUAUCUCAGUUAACCAGUGCAGUCACAAAGUUUAAACAACAAAGGUGCGAGAACACCGCCCUGUGGUACCCCAGCGUGUUUCUGUUCUUUUUUCAUCCUGUGAAAGAUGUUUAAAAUCUUUUUUUUUAAUUUGGAGAGGAAGAACUUCUUCAGAACUCGUUUUUUCUAUAAAUGGGGUCGUCUGUGUUUGAUGGAGUAAAAAUCAGGUCCCCACAGAUGAGUUCUCUCUUGUUUUUAGGGUCUCAGCUCCUGCAGUCGUUUGUUUUCUCGUAGUUUUCUGGUGUUUCAGCUCAGAACAGAGUACAACGUUUUUCCCUGAAAUACAUGUUUGAUAUUUUCCCUGCAAAUUUCAUCAGAGCGGCGUUCACUCAUCAUUGUUUUGGUAGUUAUUAGAAGAUGGCAGCCAAUCAUUUACAACAAUAACAACAGACACACACACACACACAAAAACACACACACUGGGCUGUUGAAUAUUUCAGCGGGGGGGUGGAGCAGCUCCUCACGCUUCCCUUGAAGCUGAAAUAUUUAUCCAUCAGUGUGACGGAGCGAGAGAGAGAGGGAGGGAGGGAGGGAGUGAGUGAGGAGGGGGCGGGGCUAGAGGAGGUGUGAUGCUGCUGUGCUGUUGCUAGGGGAACAGAGAGGGAAGAAGCUGUUGGUGUGUGUGCGUGUGUGCCUGUGUGUGUGUGUCAGUGAGGGGGUCGGCUGGUGGCGUUGACACUGAUCCUGCUGUGAGAGUUCGUGUGCGUGUAUGUGUGCGUGUGUGUCGGCGUGAAGCAGCAGCAGCGAAGAGCGGGGAUGCGGCGAUGAUGUGGACGUCCAGGCCGCAGGAAGGGAGGUAAGAGGCGAGCGGACGGACACAAAGACGGAUGGAGGGAUGUGGGGAUGGGAGACGGUGGUCUGAGGGUAGAGAGGCUGCAGAGGGAACAGACAUGUCGAAGAGAGACGGGGGUAAUCCAGCGAGAUGGAGGUCUGAGUGAAACCUGAUGCAGAGUGUCGCGUUUCCUCUCAUGACCUGAAUAUCUGCCGUAUGUUCAGAGGAGACCCGCUUUAAGCCUCCAUUUUCUCUUUAUUUUUAUUUGUUUGGAUUCCUCGCCCACCCUGAUAAUCCUCCUUUUGUCUGAUAACGUUUCCUCCUCUUGUUUUUAUCCUGCAUAACCGUGUAGAUUUUCUUCUGCGCUUCACUAAAGCAGAUCUUUCUCUAAAAAUCGCCUUUUUUAUUAAGAGAUUUGGUCUGCUGGGAAAUCUCUGUCUGCUAAGCUUUAAGCAAGAAUAGUGUUCACACCCAUCUGCAGGUGAGGCCAGAAAUCUGCAAACAGAGAGGAUGAGGAGGAGGAGGAGGUCGUCUGGGUGCUGAAAUCUCUCUCUUACGGUCAGGUAAAGAGCCGCGCAGCAUCUAUCAGAUAUUUUUCGCCACACAAGGUCGCAAAGUGACUCGGACGCUUUCAAUGACUCUGUGAUUUCCUGUCUGUCUGUGAAUGCUGCAGUAAAGAGCUGAAUGAAUGACGCCUAAAAUCUUCGUUUUUGUACCCUGGCCCACCUGCAGAGUUUCUGUGGUGUGGUGCUUCAGUGUGUGAGGACGGACAGGGUUGGACUCCGAGCACAUGGAGACUGAAAAAAAAAACAAAGAUGAUUUGACCCAGUUUUAGAGAGGAGGAGGAGGAGGAGGAGGAGGGAGGAAGGGGGUGUCUUUGAGCCUCUCUGGUACAUAAACACAGGAUAUCGUGCACAUUUAGGGGGAUUGUUGGGAUCUCUGUUGAAAAUAACGAGUCACAGUUUUAUUUGAUGUAGAAGAUCUGAUAAAAACAUGCAGAGGGGGGACUACAUCGGGUCAGACUUGCACCAAGCUUUGAGGAGGUGAAAGUUGAAAAUGUGCUGCAGGAAAAAAAGCAGCGCAAAUAGCCAAUCAUGGUUCAGGCUUUUGGGCCCUCUGAGCAAAUCUGAGGAGUGAGUGAGGAUUUUAAUUUCAGUCUAAAUGACUCUGAAAUGAGAUGCUCCAAAACAUCUCUAGUCAUUAUGUCUCCACUCAUACCUCCAUCUGCAGCUGAAUAGAGGCCUACAGACAUUUUGCAGUUCAGAAUAGGGCCGGGCGAUAAACCAAAAUUUAACAAUACUGAAAUUUACGACAAUAACUGACGUCAUUUUGCCAAAAUAUUCGGUGUCAAAAAAUUGAUAAAUAAAAGUUGUUUUUGGAUGUGUGUAGGUAGGCUAUGGUCUCAUGUCCCUUUAAGGCGCUGUCCUACGUCAGAGACGUGACUCCGCCCCAUCCAGUCCGUAACAAAGAGGGAAAGACAGGUGAGGAGAUGGAGGACGGUUCAAAAGUUGUAGCGGCUGAAGUAGACGAAGUUAAUGUGGGAGGGGGUGAGCAGCUUGUGGAGUAGUUAUCGUCCAUUUUUCAUUAUCGAGGUGAACUGAUCAAUAUAUCGUGAUAUUGAUUUGAGGACAUAUCGCCCAGCCCUAAUUCAGGUUCUACUGCCAGUUUUCCCACACAGACGACACCUGUGAGAGUAACAUAGAGACUUAACAGGCAAUAUAACGACAACUUCAGGUGCAUCUUACUUAUCAACUUCAUUGUCUCGUGGAAGUACCUUCUGCAUCCUUUCAAAAUAAAAGCAUGAUGCAAUCAAAGCAGGAAAAAAGUUAAGGUGAAAUGCAGGAGAAAAUGCUGAAUCCAAGGCCACCUCUUCUCUAAAGCUCUAGGACUGUUAUCCUGGUGUGUUUAAUCACACCAUAUUGUGGGUUCAGUGUGUCAUUACAUCAGCAGUAGACUGUAAUAGUGUCUGUGUGGUCGUCCGAUCCAGAGUGUUGGUAAACCAUCUGUUAGACUGUGAAGGUGUCAGACUGCCUCCGCUCACAGCCAGCAGGAAACAUUAAACUGCUGGUUUGAAAGUGUGGUUGGAAAAACUGUGAGUCUCAAAAAGCUCCAGGGUGGAUGGAGACGUGGAGCCGACCCGGCUGAAGUCCGACUGCAUGUAUGUGAUCAGAGACAGUUAAGGUUAACCUGAGUUCUGCAGUCUGCAGGGUGACGAGUGUCAGCAGCUGUCAACAUUAAUAAGACUUUGUGUUACUGUGUGAGUGUCAGUGUGUCAUUCAAGCAUCUUACUGCGUCCUCUAAUCCACCGUCAUAGUGUGUGUGUGUGUGUGUGUGUGUGUGUGUGUGUGUGUGUGUGUGUGUGUGUGUGCGUUUCCUUCUUAAACGGAGGGUUUGAAUAUCAGGGAUGCUGAUAUGGAUUCUUGUUAAAACCAGAAAACUCCGACAUUUAUGGAUUAUUUCAGAUUCUGGACUGUAAAGUAUAAAAUAUUAUUUAUUUAUCAUUUAUUAGCUUUUAGUAAGAUUUUAAAAAGGUGCUGUUGGAACAUUUGAAACAACAUCAGUCACUUUUUUUGAAUCCAGAUCAUGGACUACAAAGAAUGGACACCGUCUGCCCCCUCGCUGGUGAAGCCACCGCAAGAACAGCACCCUCUAGUGACGGGCUGCAGUAUAGGUCAUAUGGAGCUGUGGGCAAACUUUAGAAAUUAAUAAAACAGAAUAUACGUUUUUCUCCCCCCUGGUUUUGAUGUUGACAUGUAGUUACUGUCAGACUGGUUUGUGCUCAAGUCCUCUUUUUUCUGUACAGCUCCAUUUUUAAAAGUUAACGGGGGGUUCAUGUUUUCUAUGAUUGACACUUGAUACAGCCUAUGGGUGUACGAAGAUAGCGUAGCUCAUCCAGGGGAUACGCUGCUAGAGCCGAGCGACUCUCAGCAACUCAUCCGCUGAAUGCGUACAACGCUACUGCGCAAGUGGUGGUUCCAGGAAAUGGAGAACAUCCCAGAAAUACCGAGAGCAAUUCGGCUUCAAAUUUGUAUAAUGACGGAAGGCGGCGCCAAGUUCGCCAUGUAUACAGUCUAUGAUCCUGAUAGUGAAAUGAUCGCUCCAGCCUCUCUUAUCAGGAUCAUUCUGUCCUUUUUCAGACACUCCUCCUCUCCCUGCUCUCCUCUCUCCACCUACCUGAAUAUCUGCAAAGAUGCUGGUUAAUCCUGUCAGAACAGGUCAAACUGCAGCCAAACGAUAAAGAAACUCGACUAAAUUCGAACAUUUGAUGGAUAAGAGCGGCACCUGUGGAUCGUACAGGUGUUCUGGAUUAAAUGACCUCUGAGUUUGUUGUCGCACCAGGAGUGAGAGUUUCAGUCAAUUAUUAACUUCUUGAGUUUGAACCUGUGGUCAGUCGGGGGGUUAAACAGACCCAUCUGCUCGGAGGAUUAACAGAUUACUCCCAUGGCGACACCAGCCUCAUCCCAGGAACGUCUGCCAUCAGCUGCUCUCAGAUCAGAUGUUUGUAAUCCUGCCGUUACGCCACACUGAGACUGCAGGGGGGGUAAACUGACUCCAGGCUAGACCGGGUUGUCUCUGCUCAGAGCGCGUCAAUGGUUGUGUGUAAAUGGGCUGAAUGGGACCAGUUCAGAGGUCGGUGAGUGAGCGUGAAGCGGCAGCAUGUUCGGCUGGCUUGGGACGCUGAUCGGCAAGAGUUUUCGAGACAGAGAACAGUUUACGUGUCCGUCAGAGCUGACGUCCCGCUGUGGACAUGAAUGGGUAAGAAAAGAGGGUGAGGUUGGAGGGUGUCGUCUGACUAGUGAGGUCCCAUAGGUGACCCGGUGUAACCUUUUACACAUGGAUGCUGAUGGCUGAUAUCACCAUUGUCUUUGUUUGUUUUUGUGAGGCUCUGGUGGACCCAGUGUGACGUUUUAGCAUACAUGUGCUAACAGGUUCAAAACAACAGGGCGAACACGUUUUUAAGAAGACGUCUCCUGAUGUGGACCACGCUCACCAUCUAGAUUUAAGGUUGUUUGGUUAGUGUGACGUUCGCCAUGCUCAGCAUUUACUGAGUUUACUGUACGAACAUGUAGGAACACACUCUCAAUGAAAGUUGUGACAUGCUAAUGUUAAGAAGAUAAGGAGACCCAAUCCUCACCUCAGCCUAUAUCCGGAGCGCUAAACCCCUUACAGACUUACCUGACGAUAGAAAUGCAGAGUGAAAAUAUGUGAGACCAUGAGGGAGGUGGAGGUGUUGGACACAUUAAACCACAUUUAAGAAAGACCUGGUUCUGGUCCAGGUGUGGUUUUGGUGAACACUUAAGUGGACACUGAUGGUUCUGGAUGCUUAGUGACUCUGGUGCAGGUCUUUGUCAUGCUGCUCUGCUCUGCUGAGCCAGUGAACACAACAACAGAGCCGUCCCCAACCAUGAAGAAUAACCUGCAAACACUGAUUUUACUACUACUUUAUAUUCAUAAGAAAAUGCCUGAACUAGGACUGGGCGAUUAUAUGAUCAUGAUCGAUGAUAGGGCGAAUAAUACAGGUGAAAAUCGGCUAGUUUUGGCUGAUUACCGAUUAGUCUCGAACGGGCUAAAAUUGGCCGAUUUAAUCGACUCGCCGAUAAAUUGAUCGGGCCCUAGUCUUCAUUAUCUCUGAGGGGGCGAUUUGUUUAUUUCGGGUGUUUCAUACCUGCGAAAACACUCAGGACUGUAAACAAGUUCACUGUAUUAUUUAGUAUUUAUCAACAUUUGUUGUAUCGUUGAGUUAAAAUAGUUUUUAUAUUUUUCUAAGUGUAUAUUAUUCAGUUUGCUUUGUUAUUUACUUUAUAUGUUAAUAAAAUGUUGAACUAAUCUCUAGUUUCUUUAGUUUUUAGUACAGAUGCUUUAAAACUGGCGGUUAAAAAAAAUCGUGAUUAUAAUCAAGAUCGGACAGGUCAGGUCUAGCCUGAACUGCGUUUGUAUUCUUGUAAGAAAAGGUUUUAUGACUCUACACUUCAACUUUUGUAUCAUAGGAAAACAGUUUUAACUUCAACAGUUCAACUUUAACAUUAUUCUCUUUAAAAAAUGGUUAAUCUACGACUUCAUUCUCACAAUAUAGAAACUCGUCCACAAAUUUAUGUACAUAAGAAAUGAUUUUACUUCGACUCAAUUCACAUAAGAAAACAGUUGAGGACUUAUAUUUUUUAAAAAAUGUCUUAAAGCAACAAUAGAUAGACUUGACUGUGGAGACUCACAGAUUGGAGAAGGUCAUCUUCUCUUAAACUCUAAACACAGAAAAGUUUAGUUAAGAUGAACAUGUUGUUUUGCUGCUGCUGCCUGUCUAAAUUACGACCUUUUUAUUAUGACCUAUUUUUAAAAGCAAUUAAAAAACUAAAUAUUUUUAAAAAGGGUAUACUAAAAAUUCAAAAUUGCAGAUGUAUGCAUACUUACACAUCUGACAAUUUUUUAUGUAAAAAUGCAUCAUAUUGCAGUAGAAAUACAUUUUAAAAAAUAAUGAAAAUGGCCUGAAUCUAACCCUGUACUCUUAUGUGCAAUAUUGAUUUAUAUUUUUCACUGUUUAAGUUGGCAGUGAAUGUGAAGUAAAAUCAGGGCAUGUUUGGGAUUUUUUGAAUAAGGAUUUAUUUAUCAUUUAUUUCCAUUUUUCUACACAUAUUUGGUUCUUGAGUGCUUAAAUUUGUGUUUUUUGUACAAUGACAGUAAGGGAUCUUAACUUAGUCAGCUGUUUGUGGACCCCUUAAACACAUAAAAACAUAUAAUAAUUUAGCAUAUGAAUGAAGUAUAAUAAGUGGAACAUGUUUUUACCCAAGAGGGGGGUCCUUUGAGGCGAUUCUGCAGCCGGUCAGUAGGGGGAGCUCCAAAUGUUCUGGCUUCACUUUCAGGAAGCUUUCAUAUUGUUUGUUGUUAUCAGUAAAAAGUCAUAUAUUUUAUAGAUUUGAUAGAUUUUAUUUGUGUCAGUUAAAGUGGAACACAACCCCGGUCUAGACAACAACUGUCCAACCUGUAAACUGUCACCUGGGUCAGACUCCCGCAGGUCCAUCUGUGGUCCUGUCUGCCUCGUUACUCCUCUGUGGAUAAAUAAAGAUUCAUUUGGCCCUCUGUUCAUGCUAAAAGCCUUGCUAACAGUCUCUCUCCCUGUUUCCAGCCGGUCCAGCGGUCCAGCACUCUGCUCAGCCCGGCGGUCAUGUUCAGCACAAGAAAGACCUGGGACCUCGGCCACGCCCCCUGCCUGCAGGAGCUCUGGAAGAAAGACAUCUCAUUGGACGGUGAGUCAGAAACUGUGGAGAAGGAGGAGGGAGCUUUAAACAGAGGGAAAAAAACCAGCAGCGUGGCCGCAUUUUUGUCAUGACAGCAGAGUGUGUGAGUGUUUGUGUAGGUGCGAGUGUGUACAGAGACAUGAGUCAUACCUGAGAGAAAUGAAUGAAGCAGGACGCUGAGAGGAGGAAGGGGACACCUGAGCGAUUGUGGUUCAGGGGGACGAACAGGUGAGCUGAAAAUAUUGACUUAUUUAUGUAAAUUUGCUCUCUGAGGGUUUUUCUCAGCUGAUCGGUUUACAGUCGGAGUCCCCGGAGAGUCCAGGGAUCAGGUUUACAACACUGGAGCUUUUGUCGAGCAGAGGGAGAGUUUUUCAUUUUCACUGCUCGUCUUUAACUUCAGCAGAGUUAAAACGUUUCCUCCUGAAUUCAUAAGUUUGUUCUUAACUGUAUGUUUGUGGGAUUGGAUUAUUUUGGCUGUUUUAGGGCUGAAACGGGUCGAGGUUACAUGAGCUUAAACUUAAAAAACACUUUCAACACUCAGACUGUCUUUUACGACUAAAACUGACUGAUCGAUUACUCAUAGAUAUAAUAAUCAGAUUUUUCAGCAGCCAUUGAGUUUCUGAAACUCGCUCUGACACCAUAAAUUGUGUAGUAGAGGCCUCUUGGUGGCGUGUUCGGUCAUAUAUGAAGGGUUUUCAGUACAUUGUGUGCUUUAUUCACUGUAAACACAAAGACAAUCGAGUAUAACUACGUCAGCAUAUAAACUGAUUUAGACAGAGAUGGAGGAUGCAGUUCGAAGUGUAAACAUCGGUGUAAACAUGCAGCUAACUAGUGUGAUAGCUACUUGGUACCUGCUGCCCCCACUGGACUUAAAACAGAUUAAUGAACCUCACAUACCCGAGAAUGUCAUCAUAAAUACUAUUAGAAACUGAAGCAAUCAUAAAAACUUCUUGUAACGAUUAAUUUCUUAACCUGGUGGCUGUUAACAGGCUAGAGUUGCUGCAAAAGACGGAGAGUGUGUCCAAUGAAAGAUCUUCCAGGCUCAGAUAGUUUUUCUAAAGGUUGGAUAACUUUGCAGAAAUAAUUUAAAAUACAACACUCUUUUCUCCUAACCAGUUAAAUCCUCUUCACCAGUAACCUCGUCUCGGUUAUUGGUCCUCUCGGCUUUUUGUCCGUGUGUGUGUUUUAAAGGUAUGUCUUGGCUUAGUAUUGCUUAAGAGGCAAUCGCACAAAGGGAUUAACAAAUGAAGGCAGCUGUUGGACAACAACUCCUGUGUUCCACUUAUUUGCAGCUUGAGACUGUGAUGUUUCUUGAGAGCUGAAUGUGCUGAUCAUUUAUAUUUGACGCUGAGACAGACCUCAGUUCUUAUUUUUACCUUUCUGUAUGUCAGUCUGGGAUGACGUUCUGGGGUGUUACUUCUUCCACAGCUUUAAACCCGAACGUUCUCACAGAAAAGAUCUAAAUCUUGCAGUUAGCACUCAUGCCAGCCCCCAGUUUCAUGUUAGCUGUUGUUAUUUUCCUGCUGUGAUAAUGUUGUUUGCAGCUUGUGGUUCUGAGCCGUUAAGAAGGUCCUGAUAGAGGAAACGGUCAGUCCCAAAUCCAGCUCCUACUGGACUUUGUUUAGUGGUGAGCACGAAUGACGACAUUGUGGCUCUCAUCCUGAAAACCUUCAACUGAUUUCUGUCGUCUUUGUUAGGGUUGGGUAUCGUUUGGUGUUGAACGAUUCCGAUUCUGAUUCUGAUUCCUAUCGAUUCUCUAUUUUGAUUCGUUUAAAAGGCAGGAUAUUAAAAAAAUGCAUGGUUUAAAUGAGGGCGCUAACCGGAGUUCUUCUUUUUGGAUGAAAUUUCUGAACUUCUCCGUGAAUUUUCAAAUUAUUUUAACUUUUUAAGAACUUUACUAUGAAUUUCUCACAGGGCUAUUUUCAGUCAGAAUAUAAAUAUCUAUGUUUGUUGUCAGGUCGUUUGUCCAUUAAAAAGUACAAAGGCACUCGGGUAUUUCUCCUCCAUGAAUCCCGAGGUGUUUAAUCAUGUUGACCGUUCACCCUCCUUUACAUGAUUUAACUGUAUUGCUAAUGUUGCACUGAGAUAAGAGUUCAUUCUUCCUGCUAAAGUUAGCCAAACUUUUGACCAAUGAAGAAGAAGCCGCCGAAAACCAACGAGGACAGAGCGUAUAAGACGAAGCCACAGAGAGAGAGAGGAGAGAGACAGAGAGAGUGCAUUGGUUUCUUCUUCGUUGGUGUUUGGCGGCUAUUUCUUCCGGUCGGCAGACUUUGGCAUCGAAACUUGGAAUCGGAAUUUUAAAAUUUGAACGAUUCCGGGAGAACCAGAAUGUCAGUCCUGGUCCCUAUUGUUGCUCGAUUCUCGAUUCUCGAUACCCAAACCUAGUCUUUGUAGCCGUGACAACCAAAAGAAGACCUAUGAGCAGCCUCCUGACACAGACAGAAAGUGCAGAGCAGAGGAAAACGCAGGGUGGUGAAAUUGACUUGGCAGAGCUACCCACUGGGCGUGUCCUCCAGCGUCAUCCUAAUUGGACGGCAGAGCCUGAGGUCAUGUUUAGGCCCAGUUCUGCAAUCACAUCUGACGAGUACGCCGACAUUUUCGUGUUUUUUUUAUGUUUUGAACCUGAACGUCAAACAAUGUGGUAUACAGGUUUUUAUUUACAUCCAGAUCAGUAUCUGUUGUGAAGAUGGGUCCACUUUCUUUGUCGGUGAAACCCUGAAAACAGUCUGUAGCAGAGGUGUCUGUUUCCUAAAGCUGCUGUUAAUCUUUGCCAUUCAAAGUCUCGUGUGCUGAUGACUUUUGCUGAUAGCGUUAACUAGAAUCAGUCCUUAAUGACUAAGUAGUUGGAGUCCAGCAUCCUGGUUCUUUGUUUGCUUCUUCAGAUCCACUGUGGGCUCCUUAUUGGUCGACCAAUCACAGCAGCUCUUGUACAGAAGUAGCAUUAGAGAAAAAAACUUAAACUGUUGUCUGAAUAGAAUUUUCCAGCAUUUCAGCACUUCCUGUAAGACGCCUUUGUGUCAACAUUAGCCGAAGAAAGCGAACGCAGCAUUUUCUCCUCUGUGUGUGUGUGUGUUUGUAUACAUGUGAGUGUGAGUGUGUGUAAUCCUGCUUCCUCGUGUGUCAGUGUGUCGGUUCGGUUCAGCACAGUAUUAAAAGUGUCUGUGUGAAAAAUAGAGCAUUACACAGACUUAACUCACACACACACACAAACACUCACUCACACACACACACACAGAGGCCUGAUUGUUCUCAGGUUGAUAAGAUUUGAGGCCUUAUAGAAAACUUGUGACCGCACACACACACACACAUUCACACUUACAUUCAUAGUUUGGAGCAGGUUAAUGUAUCAGCCUGUUAUCACCCGCUCUUAUCUGGUCGGACUGGUUUCCAUGGUAUUCAGGUGGACUGUAGGUUUACUCAGCAGCAGCAGGCGGAGCGAGGAACUCUGAGCUGCUUCAGGAAUUCGGGUUAUUUGGUUUUUGGGCCAAAACUCCAAUCUGCUCACAUGGAUUCUGUUGAUUUGGAAAAUACUUAUUAGAGACUAAAAGCUUUUAAGCUACGCAGACUUAAGUGUUUUACUCGACAAUAUUUCAACAUCUGAGGUUGAGAGAUCGAUGUGUUUAAACGAAGGUGAUAUCAUUUAGAGACACAUUUACAGUGUAGGGAUGAAAGUAGAAAUGAUCCAAAGCAGCUAAUGUCCAAGAGAUUUACAUCACAGCCAGCUGAGUAAUUAAAGUUUAGUAAUUGUGCCACAUGUCCACUCCCCCCUCUCUCUCCCCACAUUUCAUCUUAUCCCAGUGGUUCCCAACUGGUGGGUCCGGACCCUAAAGUGGGUCGCGGACAUGUUAUGGAUGGGUUUUAACAGCUGGUCAAAAAAGUAAAUAUUUAAUGCACAUCUGAUGUUUGACAUGUCUUUUAUUUUGAAAAAUAGCUUAUUUUGAAAGGCAUGUGUUAUCUUAUUAAUGUGGUCUAAAUGCUGUAAAAAUACAUGUUUUUUUUUUAUUUGUCUUUUUUUGUGCAAUUUGAUAUUUAUUCACUUUUGUCCAUGACGUUGCAUGGUCCUCCUCAGGUUCGUCUGAAUGCAGAGAUGCAUAAAAGUUAAUUUUCUAAUUUUGCUGGUUUCCAUUUUGUGCAAUUUGAUAUUUUCUGUACAUGCAACUUUAGUCGUUGUUGUCCUCAGUUCAUGUGCUUUGAAAUGCACUUUACUCAAUAAAGUGGGUUUAUUUAUGUUAAAGAUUUGAGUCUUUAAAUUUUAUUUUUUUUUCUUCUAAAUUGCUUGGUUUGAUUUUUAUAAAAGUGGGUCGAGACUUAGGGAUCAUGGGAAAAUGUGGGUCCCAGAGUUACUUUACGUUAGCACAGAUGAACGUUAAAACAGAGAACAUUGUCAUAUCAGAAAUCUGACACUAUGACUCUCCACAAGUUGUCCUUCAGGUCGUUAUCUUUGUAAUGUUUGUUUAAACGAUCAAAAACAAUCAGCUGGUCGGCCAUGUUGGAUAUACCGGUGAAUCUGACGUCGCAACAACACAAAAUCUGAUUGGUCAAAAGUGGACACACAGUAUGUGAAGCUUUAGAAAAAUCGACCGUCAUCCAAUAAAAAUAAAUGCCGCAAUAUCGCAGGAAAGAUUCUUGUCUGGUGCUUAUAAAUUGGGACACAGACAGUAGUCGAGUUCGACUCACCUGAGCAUGUAAACGUACUGACCCAACCACAGAAACCCCAAGUCCCCUCUUCGAUUGUUUGAAGAAGUGCCACUCACAGACUAUUUUCUACGCCUCAUUUGCUUUUAUGUUGAUUAAACUGUCUGAAUAAUGAGGAUGUGUUUAUCAAGUAUCAACAGACUGAAUCUGGGUGAUGUUAUUCCACUCAAAUAUGCUGAUUCAUCACUUCAUCUCGUACAAUCUAAAGCGCUCUGUGCCGUAGAUGAGAUCAUCAUUAAGUGACCGGCUCGCUGCAGCGACACUAGUGCGGUCACACAAGUUUAAGACGACAUUUUUGUCCCUCCUGUGUGUCCAUAGCGAGCUCAGUUGACUUCCUGAUGAGUGAUGGUGAAGACGACAGCUCCUUUCUAUCGCUGCCCACCGCCGCCUUCUCACAGCGCCCCUCUCUGAGUGCAGAGCUGAACGAAACAAACACACCCAGCCAGCAGCUGCUCAUACAGGUAAGACCCAACGAGAACUGUGUGUGUGUGUGUCUGUGUGUGUGUGUGAGAGAGAGAGAGAGACUUGGUGCAGUGACAGCGAGGCUGCUGACUCACCGCUGACUUUAGCACAAACUGUCUCUGUCUACACUUUGAAGAGACUGCCUGUCGACCUGCUCAUCAAACCUGAGACACCACUGUUGAUCCAGUCUGAUGGUUUGUCACUGCAUGAUGCUUUUAAACACACACACACACACACACACACACACACACACACACACUACUGCUGUCCUGCUAACACCAGCACUUAACGUUUUUGCUAAAUUCAGCCCAAUUUAAGGCCACCUUAACAUGACUCACUUUUUUAGAAAACAGGGACGUUCUUGAGUUCCUGGUUCAGUUUUUCACUCCCUGAUUCACACUCUGAUACUUACAUACAUGUUGGUCUUCAAAGUAAACUCCAUUAUAGGGGAGAGUGGGGUAAGUUGAGCCACCCCCUGUCGCUUGGAAAUGGUAAAAGAAAUUGAUCAUUUGACCAAAUAUUUAGGAGAUGGGCAUAGAGAUGGGAAUCGAGAACCGGUUCCAAAUGGUUCAAUCCGUCGACAUCAUUUACAUUGUGUCUUAACGAUUCCUUUCUUCUGGGUGCCUUGAAAAACGGUCUUGCGAGAGCCAGUCUACGCGAAGGGGGGAACAGAGACAAAGAAAGAAACAUGGUGGACGGUAUGAAAAGUAGGCAGAAACGAUCUAAAGCGUGGCUUAAUUUAACUAAGAAAGACGACAACAGCGCAAACAUGCAAAGGUGGAAACACGCUUCAACAUUUGUCAACGGGCACGGCAUCAAAUAUAAGGAGUCAUGUAUUCGAUGCUCUCCGCCAGUUGUCAGCUGCUGCAGCUCCGUCUCAACACGGCAUGGAAGGUUAGUGUGACCAUAAGUCCUCUUUUACCCGGAUAUGUCCUCUUUUGGAGGGCUGUCCAGGGGGAGUUUAUGUAAUCCUUUAAAUGUGUGUCCAUUGAUUAUAAAACAGUGCAGAGCAUCAGUGCUCUCUGCAGCUCUGCCCCUCCGCUCACUUCUAAACAAAGCCUCUGACGUGACGCACGCAUGCGCUGUCUUUGGGAAUUCAGAAUAUGCCUUUAACCGAUUUAGAAGUGCAUAAAAAACUCUCGACCCGACCAAAAAAGAAAAAUAAAUUUUAAUAAAAUUAUUUUUAGACUCUGACUGAAGGUGGCAUACAUCUGUUUCUGUUAUCAGAGACUCAAUAAAACUUUGAGUUAACCGUAAAAACCUAUCAUCUACUUUCUUUUUUUUAAUUAAAGAAAGGCAUUGAUAAGGGAAUCGUUAAAGAAUUGAAUCGAUAAGCAGAACAGAUAAUGGCAUAGAUAUUGAUAAAAUCUUAUCAAUUCCCAUCCCUAUACAUGGGGUAAGUUGAUCAUAGGAGACCACUUUUUUUGGCAUGCUGCAUUAUCAAGAUUAUAGUUCUGUUUACACUCAUUCUGUUGGUUUGCAGGGAUGAACAACAUCUUAAAAUAUAUGCAGAUACACCAGUAAGAGACAAAACUAUGAUUGACUUGAUGUAGUGAUCUGAAAUAUGAAAAAUGGUUCAUCUUACCCCACUCUCCCCUAUAUGUGGAGAAGGAGGAGGCAGAGGCUGCAGCAAAUAUCCACUCCCUCGAUCAAACGUUAGCUGAGCUCUGCAGUGAGCGAAUCUUCUGAAUCACAGUAUAUUACAAUCACAGAUUUAACUGAACACGCUCUUUUUCCUUCACUUUGCUCUUCAGGUGAAUUAUCUCUCUUUAACCUUCUGAAUCACUCGGUUGUAGUUUUGUGUAGCAUUACUGUUUUAGACGUGGAGAAAAAGGUGCAUGUUUUUGUGGGGCUGGUUAUUUUUAGUGACAGAUUCUUCUUCUAAUGUCUUUGGUGUGUCUCCGUGGUUGAGUUCUUGUGUGCCUUGUUAUCUGUCGUUUUUCAUAUGUCUUGUCUCAUGCUGCACUGUCCUCCUUUUUUUCGUCCAUUUUUCCACGCUGCUCAUUUCUGCAGAAAGUCACCUGGUCCUAUAUGUGGACCUCUGCCAACGUAAAAACCUUCAUCCUUUCCUCGUAGCUUCUAUUAGAUAUGUUCAUACAACAGCUCCUCUUUAGCUUCCUUGUCUUUUGACCUCUACGUCUUCCUGUAGUUUCACUGCCUGACAGAUGUCUAAGAGCCGUAGAUCUGUUGUAGGAAAAAAAACUCAAUUUCUUCAGCUACUCCUCCUACAGAUAGCAGAAAAGGUUUCAGCUCAUAAAAAAGUGAAAAUGUUUGUGUGUUUGUGUUUCAGACUCUACAGGACAAAGUGAGUGAGUUUCAGGCUCGUCUUCGCUCUGAGGAGGUCACCCGUCACCUGCUGCUCCAGCAGCUGCAGCAGCAGAGCGUCCAGGAGAAGACAGGUGUGGGUGUUGGAGGAGUCCAGACAUCGGCCACACAAAACGGUGAGGACAGAGCUGUGGCUCUAAUUAGGGAUGUCUCGAUACAACUUUUUUACACCGAUAUGAUUCCGAUAUUGUAACCUUCAGUAUUGGCCGAUACUGAUAUUGAUCCGAUAUUGGCACAAACUCAACUGCAAUGUCUUUUCCGGACUUUAAUGAAAAAUCCUGCCACACGGCCGACAUCACUCCUACUCCUUGCUCAUACCUUAGUACAAACUUUUGUUGUGAUCACAUGGGCUCUGCAUGCUGGAUCCGGGCGCUGCAACAAAGAGGUGCUGGAGCGGAGUCUGAAAUGGACUGUUUGUAUCAGAGUGCUGAUAUCUGAGAUUUUAGACGCAGGCCAAUAUAAUCGAAUAUUCGUCUUUUUGCUGAUAUCAGACCGAUAUCAAUUACACCCCUAACUCUAAUCUAAGGCUGUGUCGACAGGUGUACGGAUGUUUUGAAUAAAGAAGUAGCUGUUACAGUUAUGAAGUGGACCAGUUUUUCAGGUCCUGCUGGGACACAAGUCCUUUAAUCCAGGGGAUAUUUUUCAAGUGGUUGUGGGCCGACUUUUGUAAACAUCUUUAUGUGAUUUUUAAAACUCGGGUCUGAGUCCGUGACUACACCCAGAUUUCUGUUUUCAACUUUAACCUGCUCUGUUUGGCUCUAAAAACAACCACCUCAGCCUUGUACACACACAGGCGCUCAGUCAGGGCCUGUGUGUACGUAGCCAUGGCUACCUGCUGAUGUUGUAAUGUGUAACUCCGUGUCAUCUGCAUCACUUAGUUUGUUGUUUUGUCUAAUAUGAGCCAGUGGAAGCCUAUAGAUGUUAAACAGAAGAGACUCCUUUGUCCGCUCAGAUUUAAAGUGCGACACAAAGUAAUCACCUCUGUCUUAGUUUGAAAACACCUGAAAAUCCCACACGGUUGUUCAGUCCAGGAUCUGAACACACAAGAACCGACCUGGCUUCAUCAGAGAAACGAGGAAUAAUUUUCCAGACACUUCUUUGAUAAUUAUUUUUAUUGAAGUUUCCAUAACCUCCCUCAUACUUACAGCUGUGCCUGACUGUGUGUGUGUGUGUGUGUUGUGUUGUACAGGUGUAAGGGUUUUGCAGCCAGGUGAGCAGCUUUCAGAUCAUCUCAGCUGUCCAGAAGAAGAGCAGCUCGUUUCUCGGCUGCGCACACAGGUACGUCUGCAGAAACACGUCAUCACACGUGUGCAGCAGCUCUUAGCUUGUUGGCCCAGAGAAAGAGUUUCAUGUUUUGAAGUCAUUAUGAGUACGUUUACACCAGUGGCGAUUGCUCUAAGACUGCAAGGGAAGCUCGGCUUCCCUUAAAAUGUCACCCCUCAAAAAAAAGAAAAAGUGGUGAAAUACGUACUGCUGUGUGUACAUUUCAUUAACUAAAUACGCACUAGAAAGCCUUCAUCUUUUGUUCAGACACUGUGAUAAGAAGCUGAUAAUCACAGGUAACCGGCAUAACUUCGUUCUCAUUCAUCCUCGCAGCGCCUCAGCGCUUUAAACAGCCGGACGCUGGGCUUCUGCUGACUUCAAUGUGGAAGCUAAAAGUGGGUUGUUCCAGCAGCGAAACUAGACGCUCAUUGGAUAAAUGCUGGGCUUUGUCCCGCCCAUCGGAAGCCCAGCUUCACUGGAGUUCUAUGGCGAGAGGGCGGUCCCGACUUUCUCCCGGACUCCAAGCUUCUGCAUCCAUGAUUGGAUGAGCUGUCUGAGGCGAAAUCCUUUUUUGAUUGACAGCUAAACAAGCGAAUCAGCGAUCUUGAAGAAUAAAACAUCUACCAGAGCAUUUUCCAAGUUAUUUAUUCCGUUGUUCUUAACUGCUCUGGAGACUUUACCGAUCCUCAGCGACUUUUGUCUUCAUUAAAAACGACUGCCGUUGUGUUUGGUGACUCUGUUCUGUUACAUACUAAUAAACAAAUACAAUUAUGAUGUAGGCCAGAAAAAUGAGCUUCCCCUCCUUGAAAGACCAGCAGCUGCCACUGGUUUACACGUGCCAGGCUGUUUUCGUAAACGGACCUUUCACCCUCUCUGUUAACAAAAAAAAACUGCAUGCACACCACUACGUUUUCAGGAAAGAUUUUAGUUUACACUAACUCACAGAAUCCCACAGCGUCAACAACAACAACGUCACUUCCUACUUUUGGAGGGAUCGCACCUGCGUAAAUGUUACUGCUAUUCUGCAUGCGUCCAUGAUCACCAUAGAUUGUAAACAUAGACUAUAGAUCGUAAACAACGUCGUACAAUCUGCCGUCGGCUACCCAAAUCUCAGUUUUUCUCUGUUUACAUGCAAACGUGCAGACGGAGUUUGUAAUGUCUCCGUUUUUAAAAAAUAACCAGGUAUGUAGAAACGGGGCCUUAGACUCCUCUUCAAGUUCAGCAGCAGCACUUGAAAACCUCCACCUUCUUUUAUCACACCUCUCUGCACCUGAUCCCUCAUUGGCAAACAGGCGCUGCAUCAUCAUGCGCGCUGUCAUCUCUUUGUCUCGUUGUAAAAUACCAAGUUGAAACUCUCCCUGACAUGUGCGGUCACAGGUGUCUGUCAGACUGAUGUGCACACGCCAAACCUCCCUGACACCAUGACAGUUUUAUUAGAUCUUUCAAACCCUGAUAGGUGAGCUGCUGCUGCUGCUGCUCUUCAGGUUCGAUUCCAUUCUUCUCAGCAUGUGAAGAUGACACGUUGGGUUAGAUAUUUGGGACCUUGUGGUUUUAUAUGUGUGUUGUCAUGGUGCUCGCAGGUGGAGGAGCUGGAGGAGAAGCUGUUGGAUCAGACCCAGGAGGUGGAGAGACUUCGCUCUGAACUGGUGAGACUUUGCUAGACCGCAUUCCUGAGGAACCCUGGGAAAAACCACACACACACACACACACGCACACACGUGAUAAGCUGAGUCAACGUCACACAGAGCUGCAAAGAAUGAAGUAUCUGCUGAGGGAAGAGUUCAUGUCGUACAAAUCUGUUGAUUAUAGGUACAGUGGCAAUGAAUUCAGAGGAUUUUAAUUUAAGAUCAAAUGUUUUGUAUGUUUUUUUGCAUCCUGCAGGGGGCGACAGACCUGGAGAAGCAGCUGGAGCUGCUGGUGGUGGAGAACCAGCGUCUGAAGCAGGAGCUGAAGUCAUGCAAGAGCUCAGAGCUUCUGAACGUCGACGCUGCUGCAGAGACCUGCAGCUGCAGCCACUGCCCUCACAGCCAGGUUUGUUUCUACACACUCACUGGGGUCUAAAGUACAGACUAGUCCACAGUUUGUGGACUAUAUUUAGAUUUUAGCUGUUGCAUCUUGUUUUGGAGGCAGACGAAUAUGAAUUUAGCUGUUAGCUGUUAAAAUAGCUUCAAAGACCAAAACUGCUAUGUGCUCCCAGCUGUAAACAUGUUUCAUAAAUAAACCCUGACAUACCAGGAAUCGCAGGUUUGGACACGUCACUAUAAGCUGCAUUUGUCAGUCCAAAGUUUAGUGGAUAAAGCUUAUUCUUGAGUGAUGCAUUUACUUCUUUUGGGUUUGAAAGUUGCUGGUUGGUUCAGAGAGAGAGAGGAGAUGAAUCUAUGUCUUCAUGGUCAUCAGUAAAAGGUAAAGUCCUAAAUGCCUCUGAAAGCCUGACUGUGUCCCUGCGCAGGAUGUGGAGUCCCUGCGGAGGGAGGUAUCCCGCUGGGAGGGUCAGGCCCGGCACAGGGAGCGGAGGCUGGCUGAGCUGGAGCGGGAGCUGCUGGAGAAAACCUCCAAAGUGGAGAGUCUCCAUCGGCAGCUGGACGAGUCAACGCGGCAGCUGGAGGAGAGCAGGAGACAGCUGGAGGAGUCGAGGCGGAGGCAAGGAGAGGCCGAGCAGAAGCUCACCCUCCGACUGCAGGAGUGUGAGGACGAGCUCGCCAGGCAGGCAGCGACGCCCCCCAGAGUCAAGGUGAGGAGGAGACAUGAUUUAAAGUUUUAUUUUGACAGGAUAUGAGUUGGAAACAUUUGAAGGUCUCUCCUUUGGCAUGUGAACUCUGGUCAGGGAUUUUGUUUUGCUCCACAGUAUGUGACUCAGACGGUAGAGGUGGAGUCAGCCGACUCUCAGAAAGCUGUGGCUGAGCUGCAGGUGAAGAACGCCGGUCUUCAGGAGCAGCUGUCCGUGCAGAGGCAGCUGCUGAGGGAGCUGGAGACCCAGCUGCACGAGUCCCAGAGGAGCUGCGCUCAACUCAGAACACAGGUAACACCAACAACCAACCUCAUCUGCUUCAGGUGGUCAAACUGAAGACCCUGAAAUGACCCUUAUCGGGCGAGCCUGUGUGUGUUUAUCAUCUUAGAGACUUUUUAAAAUGUGGAUUACCUGAGUAAAAAGUGAAUUUCAAACAUGUUCAUAUUUUAGGAUAAAGGCAAGCUAACAUUGAUCUGUCUUCACCAAGACCAACACCCUCUAUAAACCAGCUUCAUGCAAGAUUUCUCAUAUCAGCAUUUUCUCACUUUAUGAAGCAGGUGUGCAGCACAGGUUAGCAUGGUGACAGUGAGAGGCCAGCCUGCUCCAGAACUUAAGGGGGUGAUGAGGUUGAAACUUAAUAUAUCAGGUUGUGUUAAGUAGUGUGCAGGUUAGUGUGAACCCCAUCUGCCUCCCCCUCAGUUAACCGUUUUCCUCUCUGCAUGCUCGCGGCUGCAGCUGCUCACCGAUCAGGGCCGUCUGUGCGGCCUCCUCGCCGAGGCUUUCGGCAGGCGAAAGAGUGAAUUGGUUCACAGGUUGUCUAAGGUUGGAGACCCCCUCCCCCCUCUCCCCCCAUAACAUCGCUGACAUCAGGAGAUGACAGUCAGUGGAACUGUCUCUGCUGACUUAGAGCUUUUAGAGCUCAGGAUGCAAAGCUGCCAAAUGAAACACAAACACACCUCAAAAGUCAAGAAAUCCUCAUGAAUGAAUACAGGAUGGAGUUUUGGAUAACAUGAAUGCAACUCAAUGUAAAUAUUUUAUCUGGAAACAAAUUCGGACAGACUUUCAAAGUAGUUUCUGACCCCAAAAAUGACACAUAAUGCUAUUUGGAAGAUUUACGGCUCUUAAAUAGGAAUUUAUUUGUAUGCUAAGUAUUCAAAUAUGGUAACAAGUCAGACUCUCUGGAGUAAAUUCUCCACGCUUGUUUUUAACGGCAGGAAAAAAAUGAAAUGGAAAAAUAAAUCAGAAAACCUUGUUUGAACUUGUUUCAUUGGGCGGCUUUGGAGGCUGUUAAAACCUGUUAGAUGUCCCAGUUUGAGAUGUGAACCAGGUAACCCCCCCUUUCCCUGUGCUCCCUGCUUUGUCCCUGAAGACUACAGCUGCACUAUCUGAUUGAAUCACAACUACACUAUGUAAAAUGUGCUGUAGAAAUAUACAGCUGUCACGCUAGCAAGCAGGAAACCAGCUAGCAUGUACCAUCCUUAGCACAACAAAGACAUGCUGCCUGAAUGAACGCUGCUGUUUUUGACAGUUGUGUUGAUCACAACCGUUACAUUUAUUAUAUUACACACAAAAACGGAGAGCCCCAACCAGCUGCUACAUUAAGGUUUAACUUGACAAAAUGCAUUUAUGCGUUUAUAUUUGUGUUAUAUACUGGUUGAUGUACACACGGUGAAAAUGCUAAUAAGAUAUGCAAAAAAAAAUAAAUAAACACUUUAUCAGCUGGAAAAAUAAAUAAAUAAAUAAAAUGCGUCACAUUCUUCUUUUAGUCUAGAUUUUUACUGUUUUUUCUUCUUUUAAUUAUAUACUAAAUAGACUAAUUCAAAGGCUACACAAAAAACCUUUUCUUUUAUUCAGUUAAUUUCUAACUUUAUUCUCAAGAUUUGGCGUAGUUAAAACCGACAACAACCGUGACUCUCAGCCGCGGUGUAAAUGUGGCCUCCCGAUUCCUCAAGCUUUGCCUCCUGAACCUUGUACACCUGUGUGGUCAGGUAACCUGUCUAUUCUGUAGUGGUAGCAGCUUUUCUUUUCUUUUUUUCUUUGUACAUAGAAGCUGUUGUUGUUUUGUAUACGAUGUCUAUUCAAGUUUCCAUGUCCAGUAACGCAGGUAUGAUAUGUAGUUUUGUAGUAGCACAUGGGAGUGUUUAGCGUCCCAAAACUAAUGAGGAUCUGGAGGAUCUGCUAAAUAAGAGAAUUGUCUGCUAAAUCUGCUUGUAUUUGUUUCUUGGGAUUAGAGAUGAUUAAAUUGGAAAGUGAGACCGAAGAGUGUUUGCUACAGGAAUGUUUUGUCAGCUGCUGUCUGGAUUAAUUUUUUAUGUCUAUCAUUAAAUACGCUUUAAAACUCCUGUGAGAGGAGCUGUUUGUUUGUGUCAAAUUUGGCAUCCCCAGUGGACAAAGCAGUCUUCGUUUCUGCUUGAGUAUCGUCUCCUGACAAAACAUCUAAUUCUGCUGACUUUAAGUUCAUCAUUCAUCAUUAAAAGUUCAUGUGAAAAAAAAAAAAAAAGAAUUGUUUCUUCUUAAAACUAAGAUUUGAAAAUGAUCAAUCUUGUCAGCAAUGCUCUUUUUUUUGCUUUUUAAAAUUAUUUAUUUACCAUAAAAAGUCAUUGAAGAAUCUCCCUACAGGAGCUUUAAAAGAUUUAAUGAGUCUGGUGGCUUUGGAAAGAGCAAUGCAACAUCUUUUUGGACACUGUUUCAGCUUGGAUCUUAAAGCACAUACUCCAAAUCUAGAGGCUAAGGUCCUAGUAGUGGACUCUUUACUGCAUCUUAUUUCCCCGCGCUUUAAACCUUACAUUUACUGUCCCGUCUCAUUAAGUGUAGCAGUGUAGAUUUGGCUCUUCCUGCUCCGUGUGUCCCUCUUUCCUAAAUCUGUCCCCUGCCGUCCUCCAGAUCCUGGUGUAUGAAGGAGAGAUGGAGCGAGCUCAGGGCCAGCUGGAGGCUGAGAUGCAGAACCUGGAGGAAGAGAAGAAUCGUGUGAUCGAGGAGGCGUUCAUCAGAGCCGAGAGCGAGAUGAAGGCGGUUCACGAAAACCUGGCAGGUCAGACCUUGAAUCACUUUUUGCUCUCUCUUAUCACUGUGUGUGUGUGGACUCAUCUAAUUGGUUGUUUGGUUUUAGGAGUGCGUAUGAACCUACUGAGUCUGCAGCCGGCACUCAGAACUCUAACCUCCGAUUACAACUGUCUGAAGAGGCAGGUGCAAGACUUCCCCUUCAUGCUGGACAAAGCUAUCACAGAGGCCAAGCGGGAGGUGAGUGAGCAUGCUCGCAAAGUGUUGAUGUACAAAUGACCUCCUGAAGCAGACAACCCUACCAAGCGCUGUGGGGGUUAACCAAGCGGCAACCUCCAGUCUUAUGGGGAAAAAAAAACAGAUGCCAAAAAAACUGCAGUUCUCUAGGUGUCCACUUGAGGCUGUCCGCUUAAGCACCAGAAACCACAUGCACAGCAACCCAAAAAAGGCAGAUGUUAGAGCAAAAUUACGAAUAUUAGAGCUACAUUAAGAGAAAAAAAAUUAAGACUUAGUUAUUACUUCUGAUAAUAAAGUUGUAUUAAAAUCAUUACUUACGAGAAUAAAGUCGUAGCUAAUAGCUAUUCUAACCUGCUGUUAGUUAUUUAAAUGAGCGCUGUGGAGCGUUUAGAUGAAUUGAACUUCAAUAGCUAGGUUUCACAAACAAGGAGAUACUGAAGCCUUUGGCGUUUCAGCAUCACAUUUUUAGAGGUAUCAGGACAUAUGCAAGAAGUGCAUCUUUUCGGCAGAAAGAACCAGGAGCACUUGAAGGGAAUCGCUGUUUUUGAGGAGAGGGAAAUGGCUGGAAAUGGAUGUGCAGAGGCUAAAUCCCUCAAUGCAGCCGUUUAUAGCAAUAGUAUGUGGCUUUAGUUUAUCGUAUCAAUCUAAGGUGUUGGUGCCUCUGCAGGUGUAGGUUGCUGCCGGUGUUGUGUCGGCAUCAGAGACAGACGCAAUGCUCGUUGGAGCUCGACUCCCUCUGAAUCGCAAAUGUUGAUCAUCAGUUGGAUUGUUUCUUGAGAAACCACAAAAGCCCUCUGAAUGGCCCACUGAACUGGUCCACUGCAGCGUUUUCAGUGGGUGCAUCAGACAUUUCCUCCUCCACAAAAGCAGCUUUAAGACUUCGUUUACUUAACGACUUUAUUCAUGUAAAUAAUGAUUUUAUUACGACUUUAUUCUCAUAAGUAGUGAUUUUGUUACAACUUUAUUCUUGUAAAUAAUUAUUUUCCUAUGACUUUAUUCUCAUAAGUAAUUACAAGUCUUAUUUUUCUUUCUCUUUAUGUGGUCCUAAUACUCCCUCGUACAAAAUAAACACAAGGGUUCAAAGAAUUUGUGAAUCAGAGGCAUGGCUUACUUGAUAGGCUUCGUAAGUCCACUAUGUCCAGAUGUUAAUACAGUGUAUGAUUUGCACAGGUGAAUUGAUUAUUUUAUAGAUGGCUACUUUGGAAGUGCCAGUGUUUAUGUUGGUGUCUUUUUUUAAUAUAAUUGUAGCUUUGGACAAUACAGUCUAUCACUGAACGUCUGCCUUUCCAAAACUCUCAGCAAAAUGGCGGUGAUGCUAGCUGAAGAACCAUCGCCAUGGCUAUAAAAACUGAUGGCAUCCCGUCAUUUAGUGAAGAAUAUUCAUGAUAAUUAUUACCGCAAUAAAGGUCCUGGAAAUAAGCAUAUACAUUAGUUAUUAAGCCAUUUAUUAGACCUUAUAAACACAAAUCUGAAGUGUUGAUGAGGAAUAAUUUACACAUUUCUUUUUUAAACUUUAUUUUUAUGUUGGGGUUUUUAUAACAAAUACAUAGAACAAUAAACAGACAUGGUCAUCACAUAACAGACAGAAUUUUUUCCAGUAUAUGCUAUUGAACUCAGACUACAUUCAAAAUAAAAUAAAACAUAAGAAUUUUUAAUAAGGUUACAAUAUGGUAUGCAGAUCAGUAUUUCCUUAGUCUCCUUUACCAAGUCAAAUGAUGUCCCUUGUCCUCUAAAGUCUCCUGGGGGAUAUUCCGGGGCGGAUUUCUUAAGGAACAAGCACAUCACUUCAGGUUGCAGUAUGAUUUCUAGUUUUCCAGUCCUCUGAAUGCAUGUCUCUGUGAUUAAACACACUGACACCAUACUUGGAGAUGGUUUCUGGUAGUGGUGCAACGGAUCACAACACUCACCGAUCGGAUCGUUCCUCGGAUCAAGAGUCACGGAUCGGAUCAUUUUUCGGAUCAGCAAAAAGCAGUUUUGUCUGUAUAUUAAACACUUAAAUGGUUGAAUUAAAAUAUAUAAAAGUAGUGCAUACGGCAUAAUAUCUUCUUUUCAACAUAAUUAUUAAUGAAAAACAACUUAAAGUGCAAUAUAUAGGCAUAUCUCCUUCCUUUAAAAUGUAACAAUGAACCAAAAAUGAAGUAUGUGCGCGGUGGGAUAUUGUAACGUGGCUCAAGCACUUUCAGCAUGUUUUUAAAGCCCUCGUUUGCACAACUGAAUAUGGCCUCGUGUCUGUAGCUAUAAACACACCGAUAGCGUUUGUGAUAGCUUUAACCCGGUCGGAUUGCGCAGGAAGAGGCUGCUUAAAUGCAGCGGUGAUGAGCGGUUGCUGGCCAGCUUUCGUUUUAUCUCAGGUGUUGUGACAUAGAAUGCACCCCCUGACGGGAGCGCGGUUUAAAGUACAUAACGAGGCGAAAUAAUCCAAGUUUUUCUUACAUUGGAUGGAUUCAAAAGCGUUUGCCUGUAAUAAUUUCAUUCAGGCUAUUCAAAGAAGCCAAAAAAAACAGCCCUUGGAAUAUUGCUGUCCCAAAAAUAUAAUGCUCUCUACCUGGACAGCUUUCUGUACAGUUUAUACCCAAGUACACCUCUAUAUUUGCAUUUUUGAGACACAUAAAAAGAAAAUGAGUUUGCUGCUCCAUUUGACAUGUUGUCAUGAUCUAAUACUCGUGUUUCUUUAAAUAUGAGAUCAUUAUCUCCACUUUAAGAAGCUAACGAGUGGAGGGGAUGCAGGGGUGCGUUCUACGGCAGGGGUGCAGUCUACGGCACAACACCUGUCAUUAAAACACCCGGGUGAUGUCGCUUUCAAAUGCGUGAACAUGCUCGAUGUGUUUCCACUGUCAUAUGGCUUUCUUAUGCCACAGUGCCUACACACCUUCGCAGUUUUGUCCACUGACCUCUUUCCUUCCUCAUCAUAGUUGACAGGGAAGCCACAUUUUUUUUUUCAGAAAUCGAACCGCGGGUAACGUGUGUGCCGAACCGAUGACGUCGAUCCGAACGGAUCACGGAUCAAUGAUGAUCCGUUGCACCACUAGUUUCUGGAGACCGCCUCUGUCUUUCAAAUGGAUGAAACUGUGUUUAGGGCCAUCAGUUGUUGAAGCCUGUGGGCAAGGAAAGCAGGUGAUUUUGUCUUUUACCUUCUUUACAACAAAUCCUGCGAUGUAGUUAAUCACUGCCUCUUUGCCUCUCUGCCACUGCCUGGAAACAUUUGGAAGGUCAGGAAUGGUGUCAUCUUGUGACACAUCACCUCCUGCAACUGCAGUUCCAUUCUCUAUGCAGCAUUUCCUGCUGCAGGUGUUGAGCUGAGAAUGUGGGCGUUGUCUCGCAGUAAACAACUGCCUAUGUCUGUUUUUACUUGGUGCCUCAGAAGUAGGCGUUUUUAGGCCCCCUGAGCUGCCUAGCUUUGGGGUGGCCACCCCUAGCUCCUAUGGCAGCAAAGAAGAGCUCCAAGUGACCCUUACUCAGUUGUAGGUAAGAAGAUACCUGCAUGGAGGAUUGGCUCUUUGCACAAUGUCAUGGUAGAUGUUGAGUGCACUUCAUCCAUUGAGAAUGAAGCAAUAUACGGCAGUCUUCUUUUUUGGGGUGUGAAGUGGCACGAUCUUGUUGGACAGCUGGACCUGUGCAUCCUUUUUGCUGCAGACCGAUGUUGAAGACCACGCCAAGUUUUGCUGGUUAUAUGGUCUGGAAGCGAAGCGCCUUUUCCUUUAGGGGAGAGUGGGGUAAGUUGAGCCCCUGUCGCUUGAAAAAUGGUAAAAGAUUUUGAUCAUGUGACCAAAUAUUUAGGAGAUGGGCAUCAAUUCAUGGAGUCUGUGAAGGUUAGAAGCACAUGGGUGAAGAGGUUAGACAUUUAUUUCCAAAAAAACAUUUAGUCUGUCAUAAGUUUGAUUAGAAUUGUGUUCAGACCAAAAAUGAUCAUUUUAAAUUUGUUUUAUACAUCAAUUGCGGUAUCUAUCAGCUACAACAUGAGGUCAAAAACCUUACAUAAAAGUCCACCAUUUUAGCCUAGAGGACUAAUAAAUUCAUAACAGUAGUGCUGGGUUAAGUUAAGCCAUUGGCACAACUGAGAAAUUAAAGGAGUCUGAUGAGAGGGUCAGAGUUUCAGUUCAGAUUGUUGAAAUGUUUGACUUUUUCUUUUAAAGAAUACAGCUGUGAAUGUUCUGAAUCACUUAAAGACAUUCUUAUGUUAAAAUGGCUUUUUAUGAAACAGUUUUUUAGCAGUUAUAUGCAAUAUUAAUAAAAAUAAUCACUGUAUCAGUUGAAUAGUGUAUAAUAGAUAUAAAUACUCAUGCAUGUGAAGAAGUGACUGGGGUGGAGAGUGGGGGCAUAGUAGGGAUACGGCUUAACUAACCCCGCUCCUAUGGUCAACUUAAGUUGACCACUUUUUUCGUCAUGCGAUAUUAUCAAGACAGUUAUGUUUACACUCAUUCUGUGUUUGCAGGGAUGCACAACAUCCUGAAAUAUAUGCAGAUACACGAGUUAGAGACAAAACUAUGAUUGAUGUAGUGAUCUGAAAUUUGAAAAAAUGGCUCAUCUUACCCCACUCUCCCCAAAUGUCUUUCUAAUGGUGGAGUUAUUAUUUUUUUUCCACAAAAGUAGACAUGAAGUAAUUACAUAUUAAAACAAAGAAGUUCAGCCAAACUUUGCAGGAGAUGACAGAAGCCUAAAGGGCUGAUAGGGAAUCCUCCCCAUCAAUACAAGUAAAUUAAAACAUGCUGAAUCUGAAACAAACUAAACGACAAGAAUAUAAAGAAACAUGUUAAACAACAACAACAAAAAUGGAAAAAUGAUAAAACAAAACGGAAUACCCUUUAAAUGUGGGUCAAGUGCAAGCGCACUAGUAACACAGAAAUCACUUUGCUAAUUUACACAUUUUUAAUAGAUUAUGAGACACAUAAUAAACUUCUCUUAAACAUCCAUAUGAUAUUAAUUUUCUUUCAUUUACAUGUAUUUUUUAUGUUGAUGAACAUCUUAUCAAGUUUACAAGAUCAAAUAAGUGGCUUAAUAACAAUUCGAAGAACUUAAAUUGAAAUGUUAUCAAAACUAGUGUCAGUAAUAAUCACGGCUAGGAUGAACUGUCUGAGGUUGUCUGAGGACUGUCAUUCUGUUCAGUUCCUUUGUGUCAAUAAAGAUUAUUGAAUUGAUCUGGCAUAAAAAAAAAAUCUGAAGAAAUGUGAUGAUGUCAUCAAAAAUGCAAUGAUGUCAUCAGAAAAAGUGAUGAUGUCAUCGAAGAAUGUGACAUCAUCACUUUCUUUGAUGACAUCAUCACUCUCUUUGAAGUUAUCAGAUGGAUUCGACUUCCGCGCCAACAGAAUGUUGCAGGUGAGAGUUUCGUUGUUUGAACCAGUGUAAGAGUUGGCAGAGAUAAGAGGUUUACAUUUCUACAAACAAACAGAAACACAGAAGAAACAAUGCAGAGCCCAAGAACUACGAUGAACAUGGUCAGGACCGUCCCUAUUACAGAGCCCACCGUCCCUUUCCCUGAAGUGGACAUAAGCGACAUGUGGAACAUGGUCGGGAACAUUCGUAUGAUCGAGCCCACCGUCCUUCUUCCCAUUGUGAAUGAAUUCAUUAGGAAACUGGCUAGAAAUCAAUGGAUCACAAUAGCGAAUGGGUCUCUGGACCAGGGGACCAAAGACAUGAUCAGAGACAUGUGUGUGGACAUUGUUGACACAGUAGCCAAAUACAUCUCCAUUGAAAUUGAAAACAGUGAUAGUGAAGAAGGUCCUCCCAAAUCAACAGAGCAGAGAAUCUCAAAGAAAGAGGUCCACGCAAUCCUGGGAGACAGCAUUAAUUUCGCCAUUGCAGAUGCAUUGGGCAUCCCAGUGGACAUCCAUAGCAGGACCACAGAGAAGGUGAACUCUAUCGUGGUCGAGGAGGUUACAGAGCGGAUCAACUCCAACAAAGAGCAGCAGGCCACCAAGUCUUUCUGCUACAGACUGAAGGAGAUGGCAAGAAAGAUCAGAAAGAUCAUAGUCACGAACUACAAAUUUGCAUGUGGUUUUGCCCUUAAUGGCCUCUGCUGUCCGACUACUAUUAACAGUCUGACUUCUACGAACACACAAGUAGAGGAAGAAGACGUAAAGGAAGAAGAGCCAGUUGGGGACCAUUUUCAGACCCCUGUGACACCCUUUGUAGAGGACGAACCUGAAAUGUUCCACACAGAAAGCCUCAAACAUGAAACAUUGAAGGAGGUCAAGUCCAUCCUGUCAAAGCACACAGAUUACCUGGAUGGUACUGACAUUGAAGAUGACCUUUCAGAGGAGGAAUUAUCCAAACAUCUGUCCAUCUCUGACAGGGACACAGACGAAACAGCUUCUGAAAUCGUAAAAAUUGUCUGGGGUGACAACGUUUCACAGGAGCCAGAAGCUUCACCUGUUAAAGAGACCACACCACCCGCCAAAGCAAAGAAAGCAAGACAGAGAAAUAUCAUGAGAAGGAUCAAGAUGUUUCUCACAAAAAGGUUUGCAAAAAAGUCCAUCAUUAAACUUUUCCGCAAACUCACUGGAAAGAUCUCUGUAGAAGAAAGAGAUUCUGUCAUGACACCACUCGUGACGGGGGUUUCAACUAUUGUGGACGACAUGAUCGAGGAAACGGGGAGAGAGUGCACAAAUGUGAUGUGCUUCUACAGGAGGAUGGCCAGAAACAUCACUGAGGACCAGUUUGAAGAGAAAAAAAACAAACUGGUGGGAUUCAUCUUGUUCCAGCUGAUGAAUCGUGAGAAGAAACAAAAGCUCUUUUCUGCAGGUGUUAUCCGCACUGAGGUGGACCAGUUCAUGAAGAUGAUGUGGAACUGGUUGGUUGAGCAGGCAGAGAAGCACAAUAGAGGGACAGAUCAAGCCACCGCUGCUCUGAGGCAGAUCGAGGCAGUUGUGUACGAAAAUCAAGCUUUCCCAAAAAUCCAGACGACCAAGAUCUCCCAGUCUGCAGCUACACCAGCUCCUGUUACUGAGGAGACAAAUAUCAGUGAAGAAGCUGAGCUAAGCGGUGGAGCUUGGCUGGAUUACUGGGAUAGACUAAGAUGUGAAAUGCUGGUGGCUGGGCUGGUAAAAAUGCUGAUGGACACCUGGAGGAUAUAUGUCGAAGAAGACCAGGCUAUCUCGGUUUUGACAGAGGCUCUGUGGGCAGAAAUGGAGGGCUCUGAAGUCGAGGUUAAACUGUCCUUUGCCGACAUGAGGAAGAUAGUAAGGAAGGUGCACAAGAAACUGUCCAAGGAGUUAGAUAUCGAGCUCAUCAAGUUCACCGUUGUACAGGAUCCUAAGGUCCUCACCCACAUCAUUGAGGCCUUUAAAGAAGAACUGAGCCCCAAACAAAAGAGUGGAUUCAAAGGCUUCUUCAAGUCUGUGUUUAAACCCUUCACCCGCAUCUUCAAACGUGACUAAAAAGCCUGUACGUUUGAAGAGGCUGGGUGGGAGGGACUCCACUUUCCCUGAGGCCUGAGGUCCCGCCUCAUGUCCAAUUUACUCUACAGCCUCACUUUGGCUAGAGAAGGGGUUUUCUCCGAGUGCUUCGGUUUCCCCAAUUUUAUACAGUUGUAUUAAAAAAAAAAAAAAAAAACCUCAGUAACUCCGCCAAAUUGUCUCAAUUGGGUCAUUUUUGCCGGUCCCAAGCCCGGAUUAAGGAGGAGGGUUGGUAUUGUGACAAAAAAAAAUAAAAUACACGACUCGACAGAAGAAAGUUAAUUUGUAUUUCUAAACGUAUUUGGGGUGUUUGUUACUCACUUUUUGUUGUUUAUCUCACUUACAGCGUCCAUUACAAUUUGUCCAAUUAUGCAAAUUAGCAGAUGAAAUCAUUUAGCAACUUUUAUGACAGCCAAUAGCUACUUUCCUUACUGAGGAGUCAGCAACACUGUAUAGAUAUGCACAGCCACAUGAAAUUUGGUACACAGAUCAGGAGGGGCGUCCUCUUGAGGGCGCCAAUGUCAAAAUGGAGAGCCAACUAAUAUUGGCUCCAUAGUGGCCCCUACAAAAUUUAAAAAUGUAAGCCCUGCUCCUGUGUGUGACCCGAACCCAAACCCCACCUGUGGGAUUUUAUAAAAAUCAGGUGGACAGUUAAUAAGAAUCUUACAGGGUCAAAUAAGAGGUGUCAUCACAAACUUUUGAUCUUUGAUUGAGUCUGAUGAGAGGGUCAGAGUUUCAGUUCAGAUUGUUGAAAUGUUUGACUUUUUCUUUUAAAGAAUACAGCUGUGAAUGUUCUGAAUCACUUAAAGACAUUCUUAUGUUAAAAUUGCUUUUUAUGAAACUGUUUUUUAGCAGUUAUAUGCAAUAUUAAUAAAAAUAAUCACUGUAUCAGUUGAAUAGUGUAUAAUAGAUACUCAUGAAUGUGAAGAAGUGACUGGGGUGGAGAGUGGGGGCGUAGUAGGGAUACGGCUUAACUAACCCCAUGGGGUAAGUUGACCACUUUUUUCGGCAUGCGAUAUUAUCAAGACAGUUAUGUUUACACUCAUUCUGUGUUUGCAGGGAUGCACAACAUCCUGAAAUAUAUGCAGAUACACUAGUUAGAGACAAAACUAUGAUUGAUGUAGUGAUCUGAAAUUUGAAAAAAUGGCUCAUCUUACCCCACUCUCCCCAAAUGUCUUUCUAAUGGUGGAGUUAUUUGUUAUUUUUUUCCACAAAAGUAGACAUAAAGUAAUUACAUAUUAAAACAAAGAAGUUCAGCCAAACUUUGCAGGAGAUGACAGAAGCCUAAAGGGCUGAUAGGGAAUCCUCCCCAUCAAUACAAGUAAAUUAAAACAUGCUGAAUCUGAAACAAACUAACCGACAAGAAUAUAAAGAAACAUGUUAAACAACAACAACAAAAAUGGAAAAACAAUAAAACAAAACUGAAUACCCUUUAAAUGUGGGUCAAGUGCAAGCGCACUAGUAACACAGAAAUCACUUUGCUAAUUUACACAUUCGUAAUAGAUUAUGAGACACAUAAUAAACUUCUCUUAAACAUCCAUAUGAUAUUAAUUUUCUUUCAUUUACAUGUAUUUUUUAUGUUGAUGAACAUCUUAUCAAGUUUACAAGAUCAAAUAAGUGGCUUAAUAACAAUUCGAAGGACUUAAAUUGAAAUGUUAUCAAAACUAGUGUCAGUAAUAAUCACGGCUAGGAUGAACUGUCUGAGGUUGUCUGAGGACUGUCAUUCUGUUCAGUUCCUUUGUGUCAAUAAAGAUUAUUGAAUCGAUCUGGCAUAAAAAAAAAAUCUGAAGAAAUGUGAUGAUGUCAUCAGAAAAAGUGAUGAUGUCAUCGAAGAAUGUGACAUCAUCACUUUCUUUGAUGACAUCAUCACUCUCUUUGAAGUUAUCAGAUGGAUUCGACUUCCGAGCCAACAGAAUGUUGCAGGUGAGAGUUCCGUUGUUUGAACCGGUGUAAGAGUUGGCAGAGAUAAGAGGUUUACAUUUCUACAAACAAACAGAAACACAGAAGAAACAAUGCAGAGCCCAAGAACUACGAUGAACACGGUCAGGACCGUUCCUAUUACCGAGCCCACCGUCCCUUUUCCUGAAGUGGACAUAAGCGACAUGUGGAACAUGGUCGGGAACAUUCGUAUGAUCGAGCCCACCGUCCUUCUUCCCAUUGUGAAUGAAUUCAUUAGGAAACUGGCUAGAAAUCAAUGGAUCACAAUAGCGAAUGGGUCUCUGGACCAGGGGACCAAAGACAUGAUCAGAGACAUGUGUGUGGACAUUGUUGACACAGUAGCCAAAUACAUCUCCAUUGAAAUUGAAAACAGUAAUAGUGAAGAAGGUCCUCCCAAAUCAACAGAGAACAGAAUCUCAAAGAAAGAGGUCCACGCAAUCCUGGGAGACAGCAUUAAUUUCGCCAUUGCAGAUGCAUUGGGCAUCCCAGUGGACAUCCAUAGCAGGACCACAGAGAAGGUGAACGCUAUCGUGGUCAAGGAGGUUACAGAGCGGAUCAACUCCAACAAAGAGCAGCAGGCCACCAAGUCUUUCUGCUACAGACUGAAGGAGAUGGCAAGAAAGAUCAGAAAGAUCAUAGUCACGAACUACAAAUUUGCAUGUGGUUUUGCCCUUAAUACCCUCUGCUGUCAGACUUCUAUUAACAGUCUGACUUCUACGAACACACAAGUAGAGGAAGAAGACGUAAAGGAAGAAGAGCCAGUUGGGGACCAUUUUCAGACCCCUGUGACACCCUUUGUAGAGGACGAACCUGAAAUGUUCCACACAGAAAGCCUCAAACAUGAAACAUUGAAGGCGGUGAAGUCCAUCCUGUCAAAGCACACAGAUUACCUGGAUGGUACUGACAUUGAAGAUGACCUUUCAGAGGAGGAAUUAUCCAAACAUCUGUCCAUCUCUGACAGGGACACAGACGAAACAGCUUCUGAAAUCGUAAAAAUUGUCUGGGGUGACAACGUUUCACAGGAGCCAGAAGCUUCACCUGUUAAAGAGACCACACCACCCGCCAAAGCAAAGAAAGCAAGACAGAGAAAUAUCAUGAGAAGGAUCAAGAUGUUUCUCACAAAAAGGUUUGCAAAAAAGUCUAUCAUUAAACUUUUCCGCAAACUCACUGGAAAGAUCUCUGUAGAAGAAAGAGAUUCUGUCAUGACGCCACUCGUGACGGGGGUUUCAACUAUUGUGGACGACAUGGUCGAGGAAACGGGGAGAGAGUGCACAAAUGUGAUGUGCUUCUACAGGAGGAUGGCCAGAAACAUCACUGAGGACCAGUUUGAAGAGAAAAAAAACAAACUGGUGGGAUUCAUCUUGUUCCAGCUGAUGAAUCGUGAGAAGAAACAAAAGCUCUUUUCUGCAGGUGUUAUCCGCACUGAGGUGGACCAGUUCAUGAAGAUGAUGUGGAACUGGUUGGUUGAGCAGGCAGAGAAGCACAAUAGAGGGAAAGAUCAAGCCACCGCUGCUCUGAGGCAGAUCGAGGCAGUUGUGUACGAAAAUCAAGCUUUCCCAAAAAUCCAGACGACCAAGAUCUCCCAGUCUGCAGCUACACCAGCUCCUGUUACUGAGGAGACAAAUAUCAGUGAAGAAGCUGAGCUAAGCGGUGGAGCUUGGCUGGAUUACUGGGAUAGACUAAGAUGUGAAAUGCUGGUGGCUGGGCUGGUAAAAAUGCUGAUGGACACCUGGAGGAUAUAUGUCGAAGAAGACCAGGCUAUCUCGGUUUUGACAGAGGCUCUGUGGGCAGAAAUGGAGGGCUCUGAAGUCGAGGUUAAACUGUCCUUUGCCGACAUGAGGAAGAUAGUAAGGAAGGUGCACAAGAAACUGUCCAAGGAGUUAGAUAUCGAGCUCAUCAAGUUCACCGUUGUACAGGAUCCUAAGGUCCUCACCCACAUCAUUGAGGCCUUUAAAGAAGAACUGAGCCCCAAACAAAAGAGUGGAGUCAAAGGCUUCUUCAAGUCUGUGUUUAAACCCUUCACCCGCAUCUUCAAACGUGACUAAAAAGCCUGUACGUUUGAAGAGGCUGGGUGGGAGGGACUCCACUUUCCCUGAGGCCUGAGGUCCCGCCUCAUGUCCAAUUUACUCUACAGCCUCACUUUGGCUAGAGAAGGGGUUUUCUCCGAGUGCUUCGGUUUCCCCAAUUUUAUACAGUUGUAUUAAAAAAAAAAAAAAAUACCUCAGUAACUCCGCCAAAUUGUCUCAAUUGGGUCAUUUUUGCCGGUCCCAAGCCCGGAUUAAGGAGGAGGGUUGGUAUUGUGACAAAAAAAUAAAAUACACAACUCGACAGAAGAAAGUUAAUUUGUAGUUCUUAACGUAUUUGGGGUGUUUGUUACUCACUUUUUGUUGUUUCUCUCACUUACAGCGUCCAUUACAAUUUGUCCAAUUAUGCAAAUUAGCAGAUGAAAUCAUUUAGCAACUUUUAUGACAGCCAAUAGCUACUUUCCUUACUGAGGAGUCGGCAACACUGUAUAGAUAUGCACAGCCACAUGAAAUUUGGUACACAGAUCAGGAGGGGCGUCCUCUUGAGGGCGCCAAUGUCAAAAUGGAGAUCCAACUAAUAUUGGCUCCAUAGUGGCCCCUACAAAAUUUAAAAAUGUAAGCCCUGCUCCUGUGUGUGACUUAAACCCAAACCCCACCUGUGGGAUUUAAUAAAAAUCAGGUGGACAGUUAAUAAGAAUCUUACAGGGUCAAAUAAGAGGUGUCAUCACAAACUUUUGAUCUUUGAUUGAGUCUGAUGAGAGGGUCAGAGUUUCAGUUCAGAUUGUUGAAAUGUUUGACUUUUUCUUUUAAAGAAUACAGCUGUGAAUGUUCUGAAUCACUUAAAGACAUUCUUAUGUUAAAAUGGCUUUUUAUGAAACAGUUUUUUAGCAGUUAUAUGCAAUAUUAAUAAAAAUAAUCACUGUAUCAGUUGAAUAGUGUAUAAUAGAUAUAAAUACUCAUGAAUGUGAAGAAGUGACUGGGGUGGAGAGUGGGGGCAUAGUAGGGAUACGGCUUAACUAACCCCGCUCCUAUGGUCAACUUAAGUUGACCACUUUUUUCGGCAUGCGAUAUUAUCAAGACAGUUAUGUUUACACUCAUUCUGUGUUUGCAGGGAUGCACAACAUCCUGAAAUAUAUGCAGAUACACUAGUUAGAGACAAAACUAUGAUUGAUGUAGUGAUCUGAAAUUUGAAAAAAUGGCUCAUCUUACCCCACUCUCCCCAAAUGUCUUUCUAAUGGUGGAGUUAUUUUUUUUUUUCCACAAAAGUAGACAUAAAGUAAUUACAUAUUAAAACAAAGAAGUUCAGCCAAACUUUGCAGGAGAUGACAGAAGCCUAAAGGGCUGAUAGGGAAUCCUCCCCAUCAAUACAAGUAAAUUAAAACAUGCUGAAUCUGAAACAAACUAACCGACAAGAAUAUAAAGAAACAUGUUAAACAACAACAAAAAUGGAAAAAUGGUAAAACAAAACUGAAUACCCUUUAAAUGUGGGUCAAGUGCAAGCGCACUAGUAACACAGAAAUCACUUUGCUAAUUUACACAUUUUUAAUAGAUUAUGAGACACAUACAUAAACUUCUCUUAAACAUCCAUAUGAUAUUAAUUUUCUUUCAUUUACAUGUAUUUUUUAUGUUGAUGAACAUCUUAUCAAGUUUACAAGAUCAAAUAAGUGGCUUAAUAACAAUUCGAAGGACUUAAAUUGAAAUGUUAUCAAAACUAGUGUCAGUAAUAAUCACGGCUAGGAUGAACUGUCUGAGGUUGUCUGAGGACUGUCAUUCUGUUCAGUUCCUUUGUGUCAAUAAAGAUUAUUGAAUCGAUCUGGCAUAAAAAAAAAAUCUGAAGAAAUGUGAUGAUGUCAUCAAAAAUGCAAUGAUGUCAUCGAAGAAUGUGACAUCAUCACUUUCUUUGAUGACAUCAUCACUCUCUUUGAAGUCAUCAGAUGGAUUCGACUUCCGCGCCAACAGAAUGUUGCAGGUGAGAGUUUCGUUGUUUGAACCGGUGUAAGAGUUGGCAGAGAUAAGAGGUUUACAUUUCUACAAACAAACAGAAACACAGAAGAAACAAUGCAGAGCCCAAGAACUACGAUGAACAUGGUCAGGACCGUUCCUAUUACCGAGCCCACCGUCCCUUUCCCUGAAGUGGACAUAAGCGACAUGAUGAACAUGGUCGGGAACAUUCGUAUGAUCGAGCCCACCGUCCUUCUUCCCAUUGUGAAUGAAUUCAUUAGGAAACUGGCUAGAAAUCAAUGGAUCACAAUAGCGAAUGGGUCUCUGGACCAGGGGACCAAAGACAUGAUCAGAGACAUGUGUGUGGACAUUGUUGACACAGUAGCCAAAUACAUCUCCAUUGAAAUUGAAAACAGUGAUAGUGAAGAAGGUCCUCCCAAAUCAACAGAGAAGAGAAUCUCAAAGAAAGAGGUCCACGCAAUCCUGGGAGACAGCAUUAAUUUCGCCAUUGCAGAUGCAUUGGGCAUCCCAGUGGACAUCCAUAGCAGGACCACAGAGAAGGUGAACUCUAUCGUGGUCAAGGAGGUUACAGAGCGGAUCAACUCCAACAAAGAGCAGCAGGCCACCAAGUCUUUCUGCUACAGACUGAAGGAUAUGGCAAGAAAGAUCAGAAAGAUCAUAGUCACGAACUACAAAUUUGCAUGUGGUUUUGCCCUUAAUGGCCUCUGCUGUCCGACUACUAUUAACAGUCUGACUUCUACGAACACACAAGUAGAGGAAGAAGACGUAAAGGAAGAAGAGCCAGUUGGGGACCAUUUUCAGACCCCUGUGACACCCUUUGUAGAGGACGAACCUGAAAUGUUCCACACAGAAAGCCUCAAACAUGAAACAUUGAAGGCGGUCAAGUCCAUCCUGUCAAAGCACACAGAUUACCUGGAUGGUACUGACAUUGAAGAUGACCUUUCAGAGGAGGAAUUAUCCAAACAUCUGUCCAUCUCUGACAGGGACACAGACGAAACAGCUUCUGAAAUCGUAAAAAUUGUCUGGGGUGACAACGUUUCACAGGAGCCAGAAGCUUCACCUGUUAAAGAGACCACACCACCCGCCAAAGCAAAGAAAGCAAGACAGAGAAAUAUCAUGAGAAGGAUCAAGAUGUUUCUCACAAAAAGGUUUGCAAAAAAGUCUAUCAUUAAACUUUUCCGCAAACUCACUGGAAAGAUCUCUGUAGAAGAAAGAGAUUCUGUCAUGACGCCACUCGUGACGGGGGUUUCAACUAUUGUGGACGACAUGAUCGAGGAAACGGGGAGAGAGUGCACAAAUGUGAUGUGCUUCUACAGGAGGAUGGCCAGAAACAUCACUGAGGACCAGUUUGAAGAGAAAAAAAACAAACUGGUGGGAUUCGUCUUGUUCCAGCUGAUGAAUCGUGAGAAGAAACAAAAGCUCUUUUCUGCAGGUGUUAUCCGCACUGAGGUGGACCAGUUCAUGAAGAUGAUGUGGAACUGGUUGGUUGAGCAGGCAGAGAAGCACAAUAGAGGGAAAGAUCAAGCCACCGCUGCUCUGAGGCAGAUCGAGGCAGUUGUGUACGAAAAUCAAGCUUUCCCAAAAAUCCAGACGACCAAGAUCUCCCAGUCUGCAGCUACACCAGCUCCUGUUACUGUGGAGACAAAUAUCAGUGAAGAAGCUGAGCUAAGCGGUGGAGCUUGGCUGGAUUACUGGGAUAGACUAAGAUGUGAAAUGCUGGUGGCUGGGCUGGUAAAAAUGCUGAUGGACACCUGGAGGAUAUAUGUCGAAGAAGACCAGGCUAUCUCGGUUUUGACAGAGGCUCUGUGGGCAGAAAUGGAGGGCUCUGAAGUCGAGGUUAAACUGUCCUUUGCCGACAUGAGGAAGAUAGUAAGGAAGGUGCACAAGAAACUGUCCAAGGAGUUAGAUAUCGAGCUCAUCAAGUUCACCGUUGUACAGGAUCCUAAGGUCCUCACCCACAUCAUUGAGGCCUUUAAAGAAGAACUGAGCCCCAAACAAAAGAGUGGAGUCAAAGGCUUCUUCAAGUCUGUGUUCAAACCCUUCACCCGCAUCUUCAAACGUGACUAAAAAGCCUGUACGUUUGAAGAGGCUGGGUGGGAGGGACUCCACUUUCCCUGAGGCCUGAGGUCCCGCCUCAUGUCCAAUUUACUCUACAGCCUCACUUUGGCUAGAGAAGGGGUUUUCUCCGAGUGCUUCGGUUUCCCCAAUUUUAUACAGUUGUAUUAAAAAAAAAAAAAAAAACCUCAGUAACUCCGCCAAAUUGUCUCAAUUGGGUCAUUUUUGCCGGUCCCAAGCCCGGAUUAAGGAGGAGGGUUGGUAUUGUGACAAAAAAAAAUAAAAUACACGACUCGACAGAAAAAAGUUAAUUUGUAGUUCUAAACGUAUUUGGGGUGUUUGUUACUCACUUUUUGUUGUUUAUCUCACUUACAGCGUCCAUUACAAUUUGUCCAAUUAUGCAAAUUAGCAGAUGAAAUCAUUUAGCAACUUUUAUGACAGCCAAUAGCUACUUUCCUUACUGAGGAGUCGGCAACACUGUAUAGAUAUGCACAGCCACAUGAAAUUUGGUACACAGAUCAGGAGGGGCGUCCUCUUGAGGGCGCCAAUGUCAAAAUGGAGAUCCAACUAAUAUUGGCUCCAUAGUGGCCCCUACAAAAUUUAAAAAUGUAAGCCCUGCUCCUGUGUGUGACCCAAACCCAAACCCCACCUGUGGGGUUUUAUAAAAAUCAGGUGGACAGUUAAUAAGAAUCUUACAGGGUCAAAUAAGAGGUGUCAUAACAAACUUUUGAUCUUUGAGUCUGAUGAGAGGGUCAGAGUUUCAGUUCAGAUUGUUGAAAUGUUUGACUUUUUCUUUUAAAGAAUACAGCUGUGAAUGUUCUGAAUCACUUAAAGACAUUCUUAUGUUAAAAUGGCUUUUUUAUGAAACAGUUUUUUAGCAGUUAUAUGCAAUAUUAAUAAAAAUAAUCACUGUAUCAGUUGAAUAGUGUAUAAUAGAUAUAAAUACUCAUGAAUGUGAAGAAGUGACUGGGGUGGAGAGUGGGGGCGUAGUAGGGAUACGGCUUAACUAACCCCGCUCCUAUGGUCAACUUACCCCAUACAUGGGUUAAGUUGACCACUUUUUUCGGCAUGCGAUAUUAUCAAGACAGUUAUGUUUACACUCAUUAUGUGUUUGCAGGGAUGCACAACAUCCUGAAAUAUAUGCAGAUACACGAGUUAGAGACAAAACUAUGAUUGAUGUAGUGAUCUGAAAUUUGAAAAAUGGCUCAUCUUACCCCACUCUAAUAAGUAACUUUAACUUUCAAGUAUGUCUAAACUAUUAACUAUCAAAGUGUUCAGGAACUCCUUACGAUGACCACAGAAGUUUUGUCAGAGUAAACCCAAAUGUGAGAAAACAAUCAAUCUUUUUUUCUGGACAUUUUGGCUGCCUCAGCGUGGCAACCUGUGAGCCUCAUCACUAAUCAGGGACAUCACUGCCUCAUUGAAUCACUUUCAGAGCAACUUAAUAAUGAUAAAACAUCUCUAUCAGAAUCCUUAUUAGGGCCAAAGGGGCAAACGCACCGAGGCUCCAAUACAAGAGAAAUGCAUUAAACUUUACAGCAGGCUAAUCCUAUACAAUAGGGUAACACUAAAGAUGGAAUUUUCUUUGUGUGCAUCAGAUCUGUCAGGUGAUCAGUGAGGUGAGCAGCACCAACCAGGAGCUCCUGAGGAAAUACAAGCGAGAGAUGAACCUGAGGAAGAAAUGUCACAAUGAGCUGGUCCGACUCAAAGGUCAGAGACAAAAAAAUCCGCAGAUUUACUGCGUGUCUUUUAACAUCAAUCAGCCAUCACCUUUCCAAAGUUUGUAAAAGUUUGUUUGUGUCUCAGGUAACAUCCGGGUUUUCUGCCGAGUUCGGCCGGUCAGUUUGGAGGAGCAGGACUCCACUGAUGCCAAAACAAUGCUGAGCUUUGACUCGGAAGACGAUGCCAUCCUCUACCUCUCCAACAAGGGCAAAAUCAUGACCUUUGAACUGGACAAAGUCUUCCCUCCUCAGGCCACGCAGGAAGAGGUGAGUCAGCCCUCACAACAAGUGACAUAGGGGAGGGGGUAUCACGCUCUUAAGUUAAAUUUUUUCUUUAUAUGAUGUCUGAUGGCUUUCUGAUACACUUAGAUGAGCUCUUACAGUCUCUGAUCUGGGUCUCCCUGUUUCAGCUUCUGUCACUUCACCUGUCUGCUUCUAGUUUGCUCAUUGCCAGAGUUUGUGACUACAUCUCUGAUUGGUCCACCAGGUGUUUCAGGAGGUCCAGUCUCUGGUCACCUCUUGUAUUGACGGUUUUAACGUCUGCAUCUUUGCCUAUGGACAGACCGGCUCUGGGAAAACUUACACCAUGGAGGUAAGAAAAGAAAAAAAAAAACACAGUAGAAAUGAGUUUUUACUGUGCAGCGGCAUCUGGUGUGAGACUUACACAUGUUUGUGUGGUUGUGUUAGGGCGUGUUGGAAAACCCCGGCAUCAACCAGCGAGCGCUGCGCCUGUUGUUCUCCGAGGUGACGGAGAAAGCUCCAGAUUGGGACUAUAAGAUCACCGUCAGCAUGGUGGAGAUCUACAAUGAGACGCUGCGGUGAGACAGACACAGAGCCGGUCCAGAGUCAGUCAGAUGGGACUGGACUCUGGGUGUACAGGUGUCGUCAUUUUUGCAGGACUUUAACCCAGUGCCCUGUUACCCAUGAAAGGGUCCCAGAUGACUUAGUGGUGACAUGAACAGCCUCACUAAAACAAAAAAAAAAUACUGUAAUAUGUUUCGCUCAGCCUAGGGGUUACUUGGGCUAACAUAAAGUGCGACCACUCCAAGAUAACCAGCACAAAGAGAAGAGAAGAAACUCUGUUGAAUUUACAAGAAGACAAAAAUUAAUUUAUGAUACUUCUUGUUCAAAUUUACGAAAGCUCUCAGGGAAGAAAUAGCAAACUAACAAAAUAACUAACAAAAAAAUCUUACCCGUUUUUAUGAAAAGAAAUCUAUCUACAAACCUAAACUGUCUCGCUAAACACAAAAACAGGAGAAAACUUCACUCACUCGAGCUGUUCUCCCAAAUUCUUUAGACAAAAACACGCGCCGCAGCAGCCUCUCUUUAAAACUGCCGCCAUCCUCUGCCAAUCGCAGCCCGCCACACAACUCCGCUCCUCCAGUCAGCCGCUGAUGCGCUCGGCUGCUGUCCAAAUAGAUCGCACCACCCCUGCAGCGGUAGAGCACAAGGGGAGAGAAAACAGGAGCGCAGGAACACAAUACAUAUGACCCACAGUCAUAACAAAUAUCCCUUUAACCUUUUCCAAUUUAAUCUAAUCUGAUUGAAGUCUGACAGUAAUAUUGUUUGAAGUUUUAAGCUUUCAAAGUGAAGCCGGACUUCAUUGGAAUGGCAGGUUCCACAUCAGGAUUAAUGCACUCGGGGUGAAGAUGUAGUAAAAGUUAAGCUCUAUCUGUUUUUAUUAAUCCUUCCUGAUGUGUUGUGAACGUCACCGCCGACGUCACUGUGACACUUAAGACGGGGACAAAGCAGCGUCAGGUUUCCUGCUGUUUCUGCGAAGUUACAUAAAGAGGAUCAUAUUAAACGCCGUCUGCUGAACGCCAUCUGUCCAGCUGUUGUGUAACGAAAUAUCUGUACGCUGGACGGACGCUUUUUGGCUGAAAGGUUCUGGGUUCUCAGAACAAACAUCCGGAUUAAGAGACGGCUUGGCCUUUUCCCUCUUGUUUGACAGAAACUGUAUUUAAAAUACCUCCUGAAAACAUUCAAGUGAUUCUUUCACCGAAAUACCCAAAGUUUUUAUGAUCUAGUUUUUUUUUUUGUGCCUAUUUUUAUUUUCUUCUUCCAAGCAAAAACAUCCAAUAUGUGAAGUUGUAAGACCUCUCUUUACUGAGUAGAUAAAAUGACAUUAACACACAUUUUUUACAACAAAUUAAUUGAAGAAAACAUUAAAGGGGACCUGCCACCAAAAUUUCAUACCCAUUUUUAUCAAUUUUUCAUAAUCCUUGAUGUCCUCUGAUCAUGUUUGCAACAUAAUUUUAGCUGAAAAGUUAUUUGAUGGUUUGUUUUAGUAUGCCCAAAAAACCUUACAGGAAAACCAACUGAUUUUGGCUCAUUAACAUUUAUGGUAAUGCGGUUUGCUCUGAUUGGAUCGCUGCUGUGAAGCCUGCUGUGCUCUGGUUGGCUCAGCAGUGGAGGUUCGGAUUUCGGUUUAUCCAUCGUCAUUAUGCUAAUGCUAAUAGCAUAUGCUAAUGUGUGCUAAAGUAAGGUGCCCAGAUGUCUGUAAUGAUAUCCGGGGAUAUUUGAUGCGGCGGCGGCGGCGGUGCAGGGCUGCAGGGGCUGUGUGAUCACAGACAAAGUCUCGGUACUAUUUAGUAGCAGCACAUGCCCCUUGUAAUACCCCCGUAAGAACUGUUGUUCAGGACUGCUAACUUGUGCGUCCUACCUAAUCGGCUACUGUAAUAACCGUUGUUCGAGCCCACACGCAACAUCUUUGCUCUCAUUCAUGAAACGCUUAAAUCGGGGACAUUUUCGGGGACAGGUCAUCCAAUACGGGGACUGUCCCCGGAAAUCGGGGACGUCUGGUCACCUUAUGCUAAAAGCUAAAAACGGCAGGUAUUAAACCAUAUGUUUUAGACCCCGAGUCCGAAGAGGAGGUGGAAGUUGAGGAAGAAGCCGGAGAUCUCAAGCGGUGUUUUCUCAUUCAUUCUGCCCGGCUUUAAGUUCAUUUUCCCGGCAGUCAACCGAAGGAAACACCGGUCGUUUGGCAGAGACCCAUAGCGGAUACAGUGGUAGCUGGGUCUCACUCUGGCUGUGACUGAGUACGAGAACGAGAGAGUGGGCGCGGCUCACCGAGGACGCGCUCGUGAAUAAUAAUGAGCAAGGUCGGCGCAACGUAACACCGACCUGCUUUUUCUAUUGGCUUUACUCCUGGUUUACCCGUUCCUUUAUUUUAAACCUUUACAGAAUGCAAACGACGUAACGGUUUGUUUUCACAUUUACAACAUAAGACGAACAUAAUAUGGACCUUAUCUAACACAAAAAAAACCCAAAAAUUACAUUUUUAUGGCAGGUCCCCUUUAAAACUGCUCUAAGACAUCACAAAGCUAUGAACAACUGGCACCAAUUUUGCACCUUUUUUCCAUCAUGAUGUUCAACAGUCUAAUCUGCUAUAAUCGUUCACAUUGUGUUUAUUUUUUUAGGAAUUAUGCUUAAGGUCCCUUUUGCCAUGUCAGCUCUGCAGAAAUUUCCAUUACACUUGCAGAUAGUACAGUUACCAUGGCAACAUAGCUAGUUUAGAGACAUUGAUUGAAACGGAGCAGAGAGGAGGGUUCCCUUACAUGAAUAAAACCCUGUUAAAUCUUUAUAUCAUCCAUUCAAUGCAAGUUAAUGUUACGCUGACACACCUGCUGUCUUGAGCUCUUGUGCCCCGAAUUUAAAGCUCCAGUGAGGAGUUUGUUUGUGUUUUUUUACACGAAUGAUACAGACUGAAAUCCAUAUUAAUGAUUCUGUAUGAUGAUAUAAAAGACCAGCAGCAACAAGAUACAUGACUUGGACACCUGAAACCAUUGUGAGAGUGUAGGUGUCAGUGGAGUGGAGCUCACAUUUUUAACAUUACUUACAGUAAUAAUAAUAAUAUGACUGUUAAAAAUCAGCAGGAUGAGGACUUUUGAGAAGAAAAGCAGAGACUGCGCUGUCCACACAGAGCUUGUAUCGGUUCUGCUUGUGGACGACAGUGUGGACUCUGAGUUUUGGUCUGAAGGUUUUAAAGGUCUCUGUUGUUCAUCAGGAACCUGCUCGGGGAGAAUCCCACCGACAAGCUGGACAUUAAGAUGAACCCAGACGGCAGUGGACAACUUUACGUCCCUGGACUGACAGAGUUCAUGGUUCAGAGCCCCGAGGACAUCAACAAGGUGAGAGCUUCUUCUUCCAGUCGUUCCUUUUGAGAUUGAGACGAGUGAAGGGGACAGGGGAAACAAUGACAGCAUGUAGGUGUAUGAGUGAUUACAGACGUGUUUCUUACCUGUCUUCAGGUGUUAGAGCUGGGUCACAUGAACAGAGCGACAGCCUGCACCAACCUGAAUGAGCACAGCUCUCGCUCACACGCUCUGCUCAUCAUCACUGUGUCUGGAUUCAACUCCACCACUGGAAACCGCACCCAAGGUACCAACCACCCUUUCCUCUUCAGGUGUUGGUGGUUGAGGUUUUCCCGUGUCGGAUAGUUUGUCUUCUUUUUUUACCGACAUGUUCUGGUUGCAGGUAAGUUGAACCUGGUGGACCUGGCGGGCUCGGAGAGGAUCGCUAAAUCCGGGGCGGAAGGCAGUCGCCUCAGAGAAGCUCAGUGCAUCAACAAAUCUCUGUCUGCCCUCGGCGACGUCAUUAGCGCACUACGGAGCAAACACUCACAUGUCCCGUUCAGAAACUCCCGCCUCACCUACCUGCUUCAGGACUCUCUGAGCGGGGACAGCAAGACCCUCAUGAUGGUGCAGGUGAGACGGGGAGGAGAUUAAGAGUUGAUCUGAAAGCAUCAGCUAAUGAACGCCGUCUCUGAUAUUUGAAGGUCGAUUUUAACUUUUUUAUAUCGUGUUAAAUCAUGCUUUUCUAACGGACUGCUCGUGAUGCCUUCAGGUGUCCCCCUUGCCCAGUAACUUGAGCGAAUCGGUCUGCUCGCUCAAGUUUGCUCAGCGUGUUCGCAGUGUGGAGCUGAGCCUCUCCUCCUCCAGGAGACACGAGAACUCGUCCACCUCGUCCUCGCCGACGCACGACAGCGUGGAGGUAACACACGCACACACACAGAGCCGAAGUCAGAGAUGUGAAUAUGUAGCAUCAUCAGUCUGACAUUAACCGGUUUGUUUGGGGUAUGAAGUCUUUUUUUUGUUUUGUUUUUUGAUUAUACACCCUGUUUCUGGUAAAAGUUUUUUUGUAACAUUAAAUACCGUUCAAUAGUUGCUCUAACUUCUCCAGAUGUUGCAGAAUUUUUUACAUUUUCAUAUAUAAACAUCUUUACUUGGAGAAAAAAAACUUUCUAAAACUAUGUCAGGAAAACUGAAAUUUUAAUUUACAUUAAUCAGACAUGCAAAUGUUUGAAUAUUUGAUUUAUAAUCAUUUAAACACAUGUUGAACUUUGACCUCUGCGCAGCUGGACUCUCCUCCGGUGACCCCCGUCCCUCUCCCCAUCUCCCGGGCCAGCAGCGCUGGCUCCACCCUCUCCUCAGCCUCCAGAACUCCCAGUAUCUCCCGCAGGAGAUCCCAGUCUCAGCUCUCCACAGGUAUGCGCUUUAUUAUUAAUCAUAUGACAUGUACUGGCUGUGUGACCCCCCCCCCAUAGACCCAUGUAUAUCUCCUCAUAGUAUCUCCUCGUUAGUAUAGUGGUGAGUAUCCCCGCCUGUCACGCAGGAGACCGGGGUUCAAUUCCCCGACGGGGAGUGGAAAUCCUUUAGGGAAUUUCCCAGUUUGAGAUCAAUAGAGUAUAUCUAUCUAUUUAUCUAUGUAUAGCAUUCAGAAAUGAUGCUUUCACUGACCUCCCGUAAACUGCAGAGAGAAGCAGCCCUUUGUGGUUUUUGAACACGUUUGAUGAUGUUUAAAGCAGAGCUCCAGUCUCUGCUCUGAUCUGUGUUUAAUUAGCUGAACUGGAACCUUCCUCUGUGUUUUUGUCUCUGUGAUAAAGUUCACCUCUGCAGUUUGAACUCCAUCGCCGCAGCAGCAGAGUCAUGUCAUCGCUCUAAACACUUUCUCUAAUCGUACUGUUUCAGUGUUUCCUCUCAUUUGGAUUAUAAUCUUAUUUAAUCCGAACUUUCCUACACAUGUGAAGAGCGGUCAGAGUGAGCUCAGGAGCUUUUCCUCACGUUAGAGUUGCAGAAGUGACACCAUGUAAACGUAUGGGAAAGAUCAUGUUGCCACGGCGACCAUACUCUUGUGACCAUAGACUGUAUAUAGGAUGGACAGCGUCUGCCUCCUCGCUCCUCCUGCAGUAUAGGUCUUAAAUCCCGCCUCCUCCAGCUAUCCCAAUGGAGCUGUGGACAAACUUUAUAAAUUAAUUACACAGAAUAUAAAUGUUUCUCCCCCCUGGUUGUGAUGUUGACAUGUAGUUACUGUCAGACUGGUUUGUGCUCAAGUCCUCUUUUUUCUGUACAGCUCCGUUUUUAAAAGUUAUUAGGGGGUUCAUGUUCUCUAUGAUUGACACUUGAUACAGCCUAUGGGCGUACGAAGAUAGCGUAGCUCACCUGGGGGGGAUACGCUGUUUCAGCGACUCUCCUGAAUGCGUACAAUUCUACUGCCCAAGUGGUGGAGUGAGAACAACGUUACUGCGCAAUGUUGGUUUCAGGAAGUGGAGAGAAAACGUGGAAUUACCGAGAGCUUUUCAGCCUCAAAUCCGUUUACUGGCAGAAGGAACCAAGUUGUCCAUAGUAUAUACAGUCUAUGCUUGUGACAUGGGACAGUCAGAUUUAGAGUUCACCCCAGGGCAUUCUGGGAAAAAUAGGGAACUGAAACUAAGUUUGAGGUGAACUUCGAUUUAAGAAGCAGCAUAGAGAAGCUCCUGAACAUCACAGGUCUGACCUGUGAGAGUAAGCGAGGGAGGGAGGCAGGACUUGUCACCUUCUUCUUCUUCCUCUUCUGUUUCCUCAUUCUGUGAUCUGAUUGGUUGGUUUCACAGACAGACAGGUAGACAGAGCCAGCCCAUUGGUUGGGGACGGUGGGCAGGUAGGUUGGGGGUGUAUGCUGAUUGGUGGAUAGCUUGGCAUGGAAGCGCUCAGCAUGGCAUGGUGCCCCUUCUCCCUACAUCCAUCUAACACACACCCCCACCUCUAACCACAGAGCUCCACCAGCUUCCUGUCUGUGCGCCCGCUGGGCCGUGAGCAGCGCCCACACCGCCCUUAGGCCUCCUGUGUGCAGCCGGUUGUGUUUGUUUGUGUCGCCUGUUUGGAUGCUGGAGUCUUAAUCCUGUCUAAUCUAAUCUCUCUGUGCAGAAUUUGGUUCAUGUCACAAGGAAACCUGGUUAUUAUCACAGCCUUUAAAGGAACAGUCCGUCAUUUUAAAAGUCAGGAGAUUUCUCUUGAUAUGGGUUUUUAGCGUUUUUUCUGUGUGUUUGAUUCAGAGAGAGAGGGACUAUGAUCACUGUUAGAAAGCACUCAGACUGGAAAGAAGGAGAAACUGCUCGCCUGCUCGGCUCAAGUCUUUCUUAACGUCAGAUGUUGACUUCUGCUGGUUCACUAGAACUCCUGGAGGGUAUUCUACGACGCUGGCUUAGCGAUCCUAUGAGCGGUUACUAUUUAGAAAUAUCUGAUUUUCUUUCUUUUAUUCUGUCAGUCAACACAUAACAGAAUAACGCCGUUAAUUCUGCAGUUGACUCUGCAAAGUCGGCAGAAAUCGUUUAUAUCCGCAGAAGACGUCGGAUCUAAACGAUUUCUGCCGACUUUGCAAAUUCAACUGCAGAAUUAACGGCGUUCUGAAUGAACAGGGCUUUGAAAAUUCCCGCAGCAUGUGUUAGACGUCACCAUCUACACAUGGACCAAUCAGGGGCUGCCUUUCCCUGUUGUCCGGGUAACAGUGGAAACAUGGUCUCUGAUUGGCCCGGUUAUUUUCUGAUCGGGAAUACACGCCCCCAAUGGGCCGAAGUCCAGACUGUUGUGGGAAGGAACGGCAAAUGAUUCGCGCAACAGGAUGGCCCAGCCAGGCUAAGAAUGAUCGUCUGUGAAGAAAAGCUGAACCUCGUUAGUGGAACGAGUUGCGGCUCAUCUUAAAGGUCCUUUCACACGGGACUGUUUUUUUUUUUUUGUGCGAUUUUUUCGAACGUCAAUAUGUUUUUUUCGAACCCGUAUCCUGUCAAUACAAGCGUUGACAUCAGCGGCCGAAUUUUCUAAAGUUUCGCAUACUGUGUGUCCACUUCUGACCAAUCAGAUUGCGUGUUGUUGCGACAUACCAUUUGUAUUUUCACGGUCUCAAACUCAAUCACAGCGUUGCUGUCACAGCACCAUUAGGUCUCGGUUGUUACCUUACGUUUAUGGAUUAUAGUUUAAUGUUCUUAUCUGGUACUGACCCCUACUCAGUACAUGCUAUCAUGACAGACAGAUAUCUCAACACUAGAGUCUAAUCAGAACUGAAAAACACUCAGGCCCGAACUACACGAAGGCGGAUAUAUUUCAAACCGCACAUAUUUGUGUCCGAUUAGGCCUCCCUACCACACCAAACCGGGAGUUUGGAGCACUCAAACCGGAUAAAUCUGAAUCCGGAAAAACAAGCGGAGAAAUAAAAAAAUUUCCGUAUCCCGUAUCCGCAGUGGAUUCGUGUGGUCGGACUUUUACGGAUCGAUGACGUCAAAACGCAGCUCGCACAUGCGCAUUAAAAACAAUAACAACAACGAUGGCGGACAUACAGGGUAUUCUUUACGUUUGUUUUGCCCUUUUCGGGCUAAUUUCAGCCUUGCAAGUGAACCUUAUUUUAUACAAUUACAUCCACCAGUCAGUUUUUUUUAAGCGGCACCAGAUAGGAUUGAGUUUUAAGCCUGCGUGUGGACGCAGAUAUUUUUUUGAACUAACACGUGUGGACAGGUACAUUUAUUUAGACGGGAGUACAAAAAUAUCCAGAUAAAUAAAUAUCCGCCUUCGUGUAGUUCGGGCCUCAGUCUGCUGUUGGGUCAGUCUUCUCGCUUCCACCCGGGACGCGUCUUUUUUCCCCCGGAAAGUUGCUAAAUCGCAUCGCGCUUGAUGUGUAUGGUCAGGCACGUCAAAAUUCGCCUCCAAAUGUAUAUAUGCGUCGGUCCAGUGGCCACUUAUUCAAGCCAGCUUCAGCUUUGUGUAAUAACCCCCAGGACUUCACGUUAGUUUACAGUAGUAGUUUGUUAACAUUUAGCUCCAAAACAGACUCCGGUUCGAUUAGAAACACAAAAUAUCAUCCUUUUUUCCAGUAAAUUUAACGAAAAAUCAUCAAAAAUCUGUAAAUUAGCUUCUCAGCCAGCCGUGGUUUAGCAUCAGAUGUGUUGUGAUUGUAGUUCUCUGAGCUUAUUGAGUAAUAAGCAGAGGUUACUGAUAAUAUGACCAUUGUAGUUUAUUGUCUUCAGGUUUCGGGGCUAAAAAUUGAGUUGUUGGAGGAUUGUGGACCAUUUCGGUUUGGAUAAUUACACUACAUAUUGUGGCUUUACGUCACUUAUAAAUCUCUAUGUAAGACCACUACAGCUGCUGACACAUCCGGCUGAAAGGCAUCAGAUUACAUGGUCACUGUUUAUACCAGAACACUGGCAGAGGCCCUGAGGUACUGAGGUCUGCGCCUCGGCCUCCAGAGUAACACUGUGGGCGAGUCGCAGUUUCCGCCUUCUUCCAGUCUCUGUGCUAAUCUGGGCUAAAAAGUCCCGUACCUGUCUCUGUAUCUGACACUCAGAAAUACCUGAACCUAGAAACAGCUGAUCGGGCCCCCCCCUCUUUCUUGUGACUUCAGCGUGUGUGAGUGAUUUGGUGUCUUUGGUGUCCCCCUCCCCCUCUUCCUUUUUGUUUCUGCUGCUCUGUGGCCUGGGCGCUCUCCUGACGAGCUGAGGAUUGUGGGAUUAUGUGUUCUUAUUAUAUUGUAUUAUUGUAUAGCUCCAUGUCCACACUGAUAAAUCUGAAAACGUCUGAAUAAAAAAGUGUCAUCAAUCAUUUUUAAACUCAGGAUAGGGAGGGUAAAGUUGGCCAGAGGGGGGCGCUACAAUCCUACUUCUAAUAGAUGUUAUUUAGGCGCAGUCUUCAACAAAAACAAAAUAAUUAUGUACAUUUGAUAAAGAUCAUGAGAGGCUAACUAAGACAUGUCAGUGAUCAAAAUGUCAAAAAGCUGUUAAUAAGAUCCUGUAUAUUCAGAUUAUUCAGAUUUGUUGAAUAAAAUAAAAACAAGUCAGAGGAUCACCAAAGUUUGUUGGGUUAACCCUUUAAGGAGCAGGACUGUCUGCUCAAACUUUGGUUCUGGUCUGUCUGAUUGUUGAUGAGACGGUUUUCACAUUUAUGGACGGCAGUGUGGACAUGGUUGAACUGCAGAAGAGCUCACAUAGACGCUGACUUUAUGGCCUUUUUUCCUCUCCGCAGGACGACUGAAGCUGACAGCGUGAGACCAGAGGACGCUUGUGGGGUGUCAGCCAACACCCCGGGGUUUUCUCUCUGAGGGGACGUUGAUCCUGGAUUUGUUAACCUCUACAAACUCUUAAGCAGGGAGCAAAGACUCAAGAGGACUUUAAAUUAACCGGACUCUUUCUCGUCGAACCUUCUCUCUGCGAUGACGGACAUUUACAGACUCAGAAGUGAAGCCUGGAACUUUCUGGAGCUCCUCAGUCUGGACUGAAAUCUUCAAAAUAAUGUCUAACCUCCUCCUCCUCCUCUAACAGUAUAUGCUUUCCAAUCACAGUAUUUCUUUGUAUUGUUUCUAUUUAAAGUUGCACUUUAAACUUGUAGAUUAUUUUCUAGCCCACAGACGUGGUUGAUUCUAAUAUAUGCAUAAUAUGGUUCUAUAUUUAUGUUGACAUGCUUUAAUCUUGUUGUUGCUUUCAUUCGGAGAUUAUUUUUCUUUUUUGGUAAGGAUGUGCAUCAUGAGAGGAUUUCUCCCGUCGGGUCAAUCUCUCGUCUUGGAUCCUAUUGUGCUUUUUCUGUGGCUGUCCUCGCUGUCCUUUAACCAAUCACGGUACGCCGCCGAUACAGAGCAGAGGACGCGACGAGCAAUACGAGAAACCCUCCUGUGGACAUGAUUGUUGUUUCCCUCUGGAUGUUUUUUCAUUUUCUCUCCAAGCUGAGAAAAACUUUGCCUUCCUUCAGCUCCUCCAUUUAUGCUCAUAUCUCCUCCUGAGCUCCUGCUGUCGUUCGAUCACCUCUGGAAGGAGAAGAAAAACGGAUCAGGUGAUCUCUGACAAAGCGGACAUGUAGCUUUUGACCUGGUGCUGAGCGUGACACGAAGUAGGCGGAGCUGGUAGUUAGCUGUAGUUUUAGUAACAGGAAUGCUUAGAAACGCGAUGAGCUGCUGUGCGUUGUUGAACUGAUGAUUAAACCGUCUGCUUGCUUUGUGUGCGCUGUAGAUUUCUACAGUUUGUUUUUUUUGUAUUCCCUUUUUAAUAAACACUAAAAAACAAACGUGUUACUGGUUGCCUUGGUUACAAAUGGAGAAAAUAGAUCAACAUAUCGGUUGAUUUGUAAAAACGUGAUUAAAUUGAGAAACAGUGUUCACAAAAGAAGAUUUUUAGGAGCGAUUCAGAGCCAGUGUAGUCAUGACUGUUUUAAUGCAGCGCUGACUCCGGACCUGAAAAUAAGACCAUCCAGUACUGGUUCCCCUAACAUAUACAGGAGCACUAGUCCAAAACUGUGGAGCUGUGAACCUUCUCCUCUCUUUAUUCUGAGACUCAACAUGUUCACAGCGUCCCAACUCUUUGAAUUCAGGUGGAUGUACAUACAGGUGUUUGAAUUGAAUUGAAUUUCCCUUUUGGGCUCAAUAAAGUUCUUCUUUUUUGGACCUGAGCAGCAGACAAGAUUAUUAUUAAUGGUAUAAGUUUUUCAACUUAACAACACCUAGACGGGCUUAAAACCUCAUGAAAUUUGGGAGGCGGGUCAGGCCUGACUUAAAUUAGUGCCACUUUGAUGCUUGGGGAGUUUCCUGUAUAAGUUCCCGUACAC